GAACAAGCUCCCGUGGACAUUUCAUAAACCUUCCUCUUGGAUCUAGCUCCUGAUUGGGUUGACUCCUUUGCGGGUAAGUUUCUAAACUCUCUCCCCUGCCCUGUGUGGCUUCAGUAAUCUGAAUCCCAAUGGUUUUCCUAUCUACAGUCUUUUAUGAGAUAGGAAAGGUAGUUUGCUUUGCAUUUUAUAGUCUCUUUAUCUAAAAUAUCGAUUUUCUGCAAAAUAGUUAUAAGCGGUUGAGUAAGAGCCAAGAAAGUUGUUCCAACUUCGAAGUGUUUCUGUUCAACAGUGCAAUCUGAACCCUGCUUACACAGAAGUCAUGGGGCUUACUCCCAGGUAAGGGGAAUUAGGAUUGCAACUAAAAAUCAAGAUCUCUAAGGGAAGCAUCUUUUAAGAUAAUGGUCUUUCAGCUUGAGGGCAAAGAGGAUGCAUGCGCUUGGAAAAGAACAAAAGAACCCUGUUUUCCUUAAUGAAUGGUGCUUGACCCUACAGAGUUGCUUCUGAAACAGGCUGAAGGAUUCAUAAAGAUUUGUUGUGAGCAGGGUGUAGGCAAAGCACUGCCUCAUAUAUUAAAAGCUUCUCCAAACUGGAAAUGGCUGCAUUCCAGAAUGCAUACCCUGCAAGAGUCCCGGAAAAAGCGGGACAUCCUGUUUCCCCCUGCAAGAGCAUGGCGACCAUUUUGUGCUGAGAACUUGCCCCAGAAAAAGCACUUUUGGGGGUCCGCGAACUUGUGUGGCACCCCAAAACAGGCAUUUCAGGGGCCCUGAAGAAAGUGCAUCUUUGGGGCUCCAUCAUUUUGUGUGUGUCAUGUGACUUCUGCAGACAGGAAGAUACAUGCCCCCGUUUUGGAACUCAACAUGUUGGAGGGUAUGAGAUUGUCCAUUUAUAAUUGAGAAAGAGUGAGCAGAAACUGUCGACAGAGGUUAUAAAUCUUUGUCCACUGUCUCUAAAACAGGGGUAGAGCCCUUUUCAAACUCAUAGAUCAGAGUGGUGAGCAUUUUCUGUGAGAGUUCCUUUCCUGACCCCACCCUGUUCCUCCCCACACUGCCAUUUUUGUGAUGCAUUUAGUGACAUUUUCAGGUUACCUCAGGGUUGGAGCCGUGUGCGAUUGCGGGUCAUUCAGACACACAUUAACCGGUCAUUGUCUAUAUUGCAAUGGAGGAAGCCACACAGCAGCGGUGGUGAACUAAAGGCCUGGACCCUCAGGCCAUGCCCUCACCAGGCCAUACUCCUUCCCUCAGGUCACAACAUUCCUCACCCCUGAUCUGUACCUUCCUUUAAUGCUUUCUUCCUUGAAUGUUAAAAUGUGUCCAUGAAAUAUUGUAAUGCCUAUUCCUUUCCUGGAUGAAAGUGGAGGGGUGUUUGUAGCUGUAGAAAUCUCCGGCAUGCAGCUUGCCAUACAAAAGUAAGAGCCAUAUCCAUUGCUACACCCACUUUUGUCUGUGGUCAAACCCCUCCCUCCAUACACAAUUGCCUCAGGCCCCGGCUACAAUGGGCCUGCAAUCCCCUGAGAGUUCAGUUUUGUCUGUGGCUGAAAAAAGACUCCCACCCAGAGCAAUCUAAGGAUAAUUCCAAAGAUGUAUGUCUUUUUAUGCACAUAGAUCCAUAAUUGAACUAAGGGAUAAAGGAGAGCAUGAUAAUUUAUAUCCAAUGUUAGGUAAAGGUAAAAGGUAAAGGACCCCUGGAUGGUUAAGUUCAAUCAAAGGCGACUAUGGGGGUUGUGGUGCUCAUCUGGCUUUCAGGCCGAGAGAGCCGGCGUUUGUCCACAGACAGCUUUCCGGGUCAAGUGGCCAGCAUGACUAAACCACUUCUGGAGCAACAGAACAGAAACCAGAGCGCAUGAAAAUGCUGUUUACCUUCCUGCCACAGUGGCACCUUUUUAUCUACUUGCACUGAUGUGCUUUCGAACUGCUAGGUUGGCAGGAACUGGGACACAGCAACGGGAGCUCACCCCAUCAUGCAGAUUCGAACCGCUGACCUUCCAAUCCACAAGCCCAAGAGGCUCAGUGGUUUAGACCACAGUGCCACCCACGUGCCUAUGUUAACCCUACUCAGAAUAGAUAGAUGGAUGGAUGGAUGGAUAGAAACUUUAUUUGCAGUAGCCAAUUGCCAUAGCACAAAGAUAAAAUAUAGUGAGGAUAGAGCUAAAUAGUUAGCUACUCAGAGUAGACCCAAUGACAUUAAUUGGCAGGAUUAACUUAGGCCCAUGAAUUUCAAUGAACCUACUCUGAUUAAUGAAGAAGUUCUCUCUGCCAUCUUUGGGAAAUGUCCACAUAAAUAUUACUCUAGAAUUAGCUUCCGUGGAAGGACUGGGCUGGCAAGCUGCAGGGUGGAUUACAUUUUCAAGUACCGCAUCAGUGUAAUCAUUAUGAGGCACACACACUUACAUGGCAAUUUCACUGCAAUCUGCCAGAAACCCUCCAGCUCAAGGCAAGAACAACCUUUCCUUAUCACCCAUAUUCCUUAACAACAUGUUUGCUAAAAAAAACAAACCAGGAAACGGAUGCUGAAAGGCAAUUAAAAUUUGGCUGAGCAUAUGCCUACAUUGGAUCUGACAGUUCAAAGCUGAGGAUUCAGGAAGAAGUUCUGAAAGAGAAAACCACAAGGCCUGAAAUCAUUUUGAUAUAGACGUGUCUUUGGCAAACCCAGUGCUGUUUUUCUAGAAAAAGAGAUGCUGGAAUUUGCCAUGAACGCCUCCCUUGUUCUCUUAUAAUGGCAAAGGAGCCCACCUGAGAGGCGCCGGAACUAAAUUCUGGUGAGUUCCAUCGGAAAAAAAUACCUGGGGAAGCCCAUGACUAAGAUGAAGGGGAGAUGGGACUAAGCAAGCCUUAAGUCAGAGAUUACUGUGAGAAUGGCGAACGGUGGCUGUUCAGGAACAAAUGCACCUGAUAAAUAACAGCUCUCUUUUUUUUGUAGAAUUAGUGGUUAGGUUAGGGAACUUGUGGCCUUCCAGGUAUGUCGGGUUCCUGUUCCUAUCAUUUCAUUUUAAAAAAUAAUAGAUACAUUUCUAUACUGUUACUUUUUAUUUUAAGAAAAAAAUUCCAAAGAGGUUUACAGCCUACAUCAAAACAUCAAAUCAAACAAUCUGAAACUUUAAAAAAUACAGAAGAAAAUCAGAUACAGAGCAUAAAUUCAAAGCCACAUAAUCAAUAGGAAACUAAAAUGUCAUCUUAAAGAUUUCAAAAUAAGACGUAACAAAGGAGGUCCAGCAUAGAAUACACAUUUAACACAGCAAAGUUAACGCAACUAACUUUUUUAAUGUUUGAUGUUUUACUAUGUUUUUUAAAUGCAGUAGGCUGCCCAGAAUGGAUGGGGAAACCCAGCCAGAUGGGCAUGGUAUUAUUAUUAUUAUUAUUAUUAAUCAUCAUCAUCAUCAUCUUACAUUUGUUGUUUGUUGGCAUCCAUCUGUCCUGGGACACAAUGGGAGAGUGCACAUUUUGGGGUGAAGAAAAAUUGUUGAAAAGUUGCAGCGCCAUUUGUGGCUGUAGAGACCAUGGUCGAGUACAGAAUACACAUUAAAUGCAACAUAGUUCACCCAAAAAACUUAUCAAAUAUUUCAAAAUGAAACAUUACUAAAGGAAGUCAGCUAUAAAACACACAUUCAAAACAGCAUAGUUAACAGGAGAAUAACAUAUUAUCUUAAACACAGAACAUAUCUGCUGCUGUUGCUGCUGCUGCUGCUGCCAGUGGUGGUUUGUGGUGGGCAGUGGCUGUGGAAGUUCAGGCUCAAGGACCUGGGUUUACACUAAGAGACCUGGUACCUGGCAGAGUAGCAUCAGGGUGAUGCUAAGAGUUGCAUGUGGCAUGUCACUAUUUGCUUGCUUGCUUGCUGCCCGUCUGACUAGGUUGCCCCAGCCACCCUGGGCGGUUUUCAACAAAUCAAAACAGCCAACACAGUAAAACAUCAACCAUUAAAGGCUUCCUUAUACAGAGCUGCCUUCAUAUGUCUUCUAAAAGUUGUAUGGUUCUUUGACAUCUGAUGGGAGGGCGUUCCACAGGGCAGGCACUACUACCAAGAAGUCUCUCUGCCUGGUUACCCAUAACUUCACUUCUCGCAGUGAGGGAACUGCCAGAAGGCCCUUGGAGGAGGACCUCAGUGUCUGGGCUGAGCGAUGGAGGUGGAGAUGCUCCUUUGGGCAUACAGGGAUACCUUUCACAGAUACAUCUCCUAUUUCAACAACUCUGUACAUUUCCCCUCCCUUCGCAACCAUAGGACAUACCACUAGCAUGUCUACUGCUCCACUCACUUGUUCCCCUGGCCCCCCGCCCAUCCCUGCCACGCAGCCCCCAAACGGUUACACAGAAGGGCUGAAAAAGGUUCUGCAGCUCUGAUACGACUAUAACCACACAGCGUAUCCAAAAGACAGGAGCAAAAUAAUUCAACGGGGAAAAGCCAGCAGUCUGCUCAAUAAAAGAUGAAAGGGUGGCUUUAGCAGCAAUACUCAUGUAACCCUCCGAGCUAAAUAAUAAGCAAGGCUGCCAGUUUCCGACAUCAAUGACCCAUCGUGUCACAAACCCUUCCUUUCUUUUAAAUCUAUUUUUCAUUGAGGAGUAAGCACUCUCUUCUCCAGCAUUAGAGGUUUAGAGUGAACAGCUCCUAGUUCCCCUUUUACUGUAGUUACACAGUUAAUAAGUUGGAGGGCAGCUUUAAAGCUUAGCAUGCCUUGGCAGUUAAAUGGUUUGGCCAUGAAAGUGAUAUUGAAUUUGUACGAUUCUAGUAGGACUGAGACUUCUGAGUUCUUCAGUACAGAAGCUUACAAACGGAAGGGGUAGAAACCAACUGGGGAGAGGGUCGAAGUGGUGUCCCUUUUUUUGGAAAUGCAUCCUUUUCAAAUAACUCAUAGGAAAAGCUUUGAGUUGAAGUACAGCAGAGUUUCCCAAACUUGGGUCUCCAGCUGUUUUGGGACUACAAUUCCCAUCAUCGCUGACCACUAGUUCUACUAGCUAGGGAUGAUGGGAGUUGUAGUCCAACAACAGCUGGAGACCCAAGUUCGGGAAACCCUGAAAUACAAUGUUAGUUAAAAUACAAUGGACUGGAUUUAAUAGUGUUGAUAAUGUAAUGAAUGGCUCUUUAGUUAUACAUGAAAUCCUUUAGUGGAAAACCCUCUUCGGGUUAUGAAAUACAGUAAUCCCUCCUCUUACUGUGAUGGCCUGGGAUUCGGAUUUGGAGGCUGAACCUGAGGAAUCCCAGCCUACACAGGAUUCCCUGCCUCCAGAACCAGCAUGAGACUGAAGGGUCCUCACCUGUGCUGGGUCCUCAGGUUCAGGCACCAGCUGAGUCUGGCACCUGAGGUGAUGGAGGACCCAUUGCCUGCAGGUGCUCCACUCUCAGCCCCAUCAGAGGAGGCUGAGGAUGCCUCUGGGUCUGGUAACCCUCCAGCCUCUCCAGAGCUGCAGAGGCUCAGGGCAGAGAGGCGGAGGGAACUAAGUUCUCACAGGAGGAGUGCUCACCUCCAGGCCAGGAGAGGCAAGUCACCUGAGGCUCGGGGCCGCCCUAUGCCUUGGGGCAGAUAAAAGCCAGCCAGCCCCAGUCCAAAAUUGUGGGAGCAACAUUGCUGGUUGCCAGAUCCUGCCUGAACCCUGCCCUGCACCCAGCUUCAGCUUUUACAGACUGCCUCUAUAUUGCACCUUCAGCCACAGACUGGACUUGGACCUCACCUCUCGGUUAACCCACGGGACCAGCACACUUACACACAUUUGACUUGCAGGAUUUCAACCAUACGUGGUUGAAGGUGGGCUCACUGGCAGAGGGGGGUGGGGGAGCACACUGCCCCCAGCAGCGCAAUCCUGGUGGGGUUCCAUCACAGCUGUUCCCCCAUCCCUGGGACUUGCGCCAGCCCUGCCCCCGCCUGCUUUCCACCCCGGUUCUGGAGCAUGAAUCUCCACCACUGGGUGGGCUGGUCAAAAUUGUACAAGUCAAGUCACAAGUGAGUUGGGGAGCUUGAAAGCUCUUUGCACUGGGCCCACCUGAGGUUACCUGCUACAAAUGGAGUUUUUAAGUCCUCUGCCUUGCUUGCCGGCUCCGGAAGGCAGAUCUCACGGGACAAUUUGACUUCAUCAGAGAUCUCACACCUUCUAGAGCCUGUGCAUCAAGCAGAUCUAGCCCCACCAAAGCAAGGCUUUUCGUGCCAGGUCACCCAAGCAGCCCCAGCAUCAAAAAAGCUUUUUCAAGCUCCUGGCCUUGCUUGCUGGAUGCGGAGGAUUGCUGGGAGGAACCAGCUGGUGAACCACCAAAGGAAGAAGGGAUUGGUGGUGGGUGAAUGGUAAGUGGUCAGAGGGAGAAGGAUGGGACGAGGAAGUGCCAGAAGCUGAAGAGGUAACAUGGUUUAGUUAGCUGGGAGAGUUUGUGGCAGAGAGAAGUCCAGAAUCCAGAGACAGAAACUGAAGCUGAAGCAGGAGGUAGGUUGGAGGGAAGUAAAGAGGCAGAGUUGAGAAGAGUCACGGGUGUUGCCCCAUCCUGCUUCAGCAAGCUCCCCUCCCUCCUGACUCCCAGAAUCAGGAGAGGCAUGAAAUGGGAGGCACAAAGACAGGCACAUGGGUGGGUGGGUGGGUGGGUGGCUGUACAUGUUGAAAAUAUUAUUUAAAUUAAAGCAAAUAUUUAAAAUGGCAUUUCGGAAAAUCACUAUUUACUGGGAGGAAGACAACAAAGAGACAGGACGACAAAGAUGCUUCUUGCCUAACUUGGGGUACCAUUUGGUCUGGGGAUGGUGCUGAUUACUGGACUACAGUUGCACAUCUGUGCUAGUGAUCUUGCUUAUAUCCCUGUUAGACCUUUGGUUCCAAUAGCUCAGGAGCGUCCAAGCUGGUGCGUUCCAGAUAGUUCGGACUACAGGCCCUAUCAGCCCUGCUUGGCAAAACCUGCAAUAGCUGGUGUAAAUAAAUAAAGAGUUUUGAUAACCCUCCACAGCAACAGAAUAAAUUGGGGUCAAAUACAAUGCCACCUUUUGUAUACCCACAUUCUUGUGGCUACCUCCAACUCUUGGAACGAAAGCUGAGGUAAUUCGAACCUUGUUGAUGGAAGUGAGAGUGCUGCCAAGAUACACGUUCGAUCUUCUAUGCUACCUUAUUAGAUUACGGAAAGAAGUUGCAAAUAAUUAUUAUGCUUCUUGGAAGGGAAGAAAGGGAAGAAAGAGGAGAGAAAUGAUGGCGAUACCGUGGUAUCUCUGGUUAAUAACUUAAUUCAUCUUGGAGGUCCAUUUUUAACCUGAAACUGUUCUUAACCUGAGGUAGCACUUUAGCUAAUGGGGCCCCCUGCUGCCGCCACGCCACCACCGCAUGAUUUCUGUUCUCAUCCUGAGGUAAAGUUCUUAACCUGAGGUACUACUUCCGAAUUAGCUGAGUCUGUAACCUGAAGCGUUUGUAACCCAAAGCGUUUGUAACCCGAAGUACCACUGAACUUGAAAUAUCAAGAGGUUGCAAAAGCUCUUGCUUCUCUUUUCAUGAAGUUCAGGCCAUCUGUCAGUGUCCAAGUAAGCUAUAAAUGUGGUUUGAUGAGAUGUCUGGUGCAGUCCACAGAUGAUUCAGACAGAUGAACCAGAAAAGCAAUUUGGUUCUUAGCGAUGUGAAGCUGAGGCUGCGUAUAGACAGAAGAAUUGGAAGAUAACAUUGAACUGGCAUCGCGAGCAGCCAGAAUCAGAAAGCAGGGAAGGAAAUCACCCACCAGUGUAAAUCUGUGAUGGGAGAAAUUGCACCAGUCAAAGUGACACCACCAUUAAAGGUGAAGGUGCCUCGCUUUGAAUUCAACAAAUCUAUUUAAAGAAUGUGCCAGAAAAUCCAAUGUAUUAAAGGAAGCAUGAAAAGAGUCAAAGGAGUUUUUGAAGAGUGUACCGAGAUCUGGGAAAAUGCAAAGUCAUCUGAAUACUGCACAGGGAAAGUCCCAUUACCUUACCAUAUACUGGUUUGCCAUUCUGGUGCGAUCAAAUGUACCAAUGCGGCUCCAUGGUAGAGCAUAUUCCUUGCACACAAAGAUUCCUCAGUUUGACUUCUGGCAUAUCCAGGUAUGGCUGAGGUAGACCCCCCAUUGAAACCCUGGAGAACUGUUGCCAGUCUGGAUGUAAAUAAUACUGAACCAGCAGUUUGACUCCAUGUCUCCAGGUCGUGAGUUCAAGCCCGAUGUUGGGCAAAAAAAUUCCUGCACUGCAGGGGGUUGGACUAAAUGACCCUCACAAUCGAUCCCAACUCCUCAAUUUUAGAAUUAUAGGAUUCUAAGGCUGCGUCCUACGUUCUUAGAGUUUCUGCAUUUCACAGUUCAAGAAGUCAGGAAAUAUUUUCAUGUAUGUGACAACAGCAGCAUGGAUGCUAUUAGCCCAGAAAUGGAAAUAAGACAAAGUCUCUACCAGAGAGGAAUGGCAAAUUAAGCUGUUAGACUACACCGAAAUGGCAAAACUGACAGGAAAGCUCAGGGACCAAGAAUACAAAAAUUUCAAGAAAGAAUGAGGAAAAUUAGAUUAUUACUGUAAGCAGAUGAAAACAUUAGCAGGAUUUUAAUCUCACUUGUAAUGUUACAAAUACUAUGGACAAUAUGGAUAGAUACAAAAUAUAGGCUAUGACAUAAUAUGCAGUUGAAAACGUUGACAUUAGAACCCAUGGAGGGGAUGGGGGAAGUCUCGAGAAAUAUAUUUAUAUGGAUAUGUAUUUGGUUUUGUUAUAAAUUUAUUUUUGUAAAAUCAAAUAAAAAUGAUUUUUAAAAAAGAAGACAGGAAAUAGACAGUGCAGGCUACCCAGGCCGUUGGAGAGAUUGGGUGCCAAAGACAGCCUUGUUUCUUUUCCCUGUUGUGGAAAAGAUGCCUUCUUCUGAAGAUUGUUGUUGUUGUAUAGUUGUGUCCAACUCUUCGUGACCCAAUGAAGGUUAGCUCAACCAUAGAUACAUUCCUGAAGAAGUAGCACCAUGUACUUCUAGAUGGCUUAGAAACUUUUGGUCUGAAAUCAAAGCAUCGGGAACAGUAUGGGAACAUAAUGAGACAUAGUUACAAUAAUGGGUAGAAAUAGCUUAUUCACUGAGCUUUGUAGUACAAAUUAAUCCAUCUAAGAUAAGGUGGGAAUGCACAAGAAUUCAGAUGCUUGCUCAAAGUGAAGGAGCCUUUGAGUGCUUUCCAGGUGAAAAGUAGUGAAGGCUUCAAAGGCACUGCAAAGGUGGGGACUUUGACCACAAUCUGAGUUGCCUACCUCUGCCACCGCCUUCCGCUUUCAGUACCCAAACUUAUCCUGAGGGAUUGGGAGGAAGCACGAGAAGUAGCAGAAGAGGAGGCCAAUCCGUGAAUCUGGGAUCAUCUAAGGAAGCUGAAGGGUGGGAGACUCAAGACAGAUUCAAAGGAAGAGCUUCUUCAUAAAACACAUAAUUAUACUAUAACAUUUGUUACCUCAAGGUGUAGCGAUGGCCACCAUCUUGGACAACUUUAAAUGAUUAGUCAAAUUCAUGGAGGAUAAAGCUUUCAAUGGCGGCAUAUUACCUCCAGCGUGUCUCUGAAUAUAAUUUGCUUGGGUACAUGAUCAGGAGAAUGCUGUCAAGCUCCUGUCUUGCUUGUGGGUUUCGGAUAGGCCUCCAUUUGGCCACUGGGGGAACAGAACACUUUCCUAGAUGGACUUUAGGUCUGAUCUAGCAGGUUUCCUCUUAUGAAAUCACUUUCAGAUGUUUUAUAGGAAGCAGUUCAUAAAUGGAGUCUAAAUCAUCAUCAUCAUCAUCAUCAUCAUCAUCAUCAUCUCUUAUCUUUUUCUCACUGGGCCUUUUUUUGCCUGGAAGAAGAGGUAAGGCAUAGUCUCAGGCCUCAAUGGAGCACCUUUGUCUACCAGAGAUUGAGAUUAGGACUACUGCUUGCUCCAUCCAUCAUUUAUGCCAGGAAGAAAGCCCUGGAGGAAAGGAUGCACAUAAAUUUUCUAUCAGGAAUUUUAUAACUGGUUGUCCUAGUCCAAGUCUCUGGUUGAGCCCUGAGACUGUACACUACUUCAUCUUCCCCUCUGUGCUCCUAAGUAAGGUUCUGUCAAGGACUGGUUGAAUGACGAAGAGCGGUGGGAUACGCCAGCCCAAGAACACCCCCCCCCCGCUAGGGAUGACACAGAGGAAGAAGACUUAGACCCAGGACAGUGGUGGUGGGACACUGAGGACCGGUCUGCGGAAGGGACAAGCUGGGAGGUGAUAGAAGCAGGAAGUUUCAGAAGAAGAAAGCCAUUCCAGGACAGGGUUGGGUGCUGAGGGUCACAGUAUGAGCACAGACUCUGACAAGGAAGAGUCAAAUGCUGCUUCAGUUGCUCAGCAGCAGCACAGCUCCUCUUCAGCUAACUCUCCUCCUUCACUGACACCCAGAUCAUAAAGAACCUUGCACAUUGCUGAGCCAGACAGGCCCUCAGUGGGAUCCCUUCCCCUCACCAGAGUUUUUGACUGCUUGUGAGGCGUCCCGAGGGAGAGGGCUAGAGAGGGAAGGAAGGAAGGAAGGAAGGAAGGAAGGAAGGGAGGAAGGAAGGAAGGAAGGACCAGAUGCCAGUCCCAGCAACAUCUUCAACUAGGGCAGAUUUUGUGAAUAAAAGCUGAUUGCACUUCACGUCUUGAGUCCUCUUCCUGACCUGUGGAUGAACCUUCAUUCCUGACAGCCCCUUGAUAGGAUGCAACAGCAGUUUGUGAGCAGGACGGCAUUGUGCUUGCUCUUGCCCACAAGUAUUUGAGCAGGGGCGACCAACAUAUGUGAGGAUGCUCCCGCCUGAAUAUUCACAACCCCCGUAAGAUAAGUAUGCCUGUUCCCACAUCACUGUAAUGGUCCCUACAGUACCACAACAAUGUUUUGGGGCACCCCUGCCCCACUGCCCUCCAUGAUCCUUACUUCUAAGUAAUGCAUUUAGAAUCAAACGUGUUUCCUAUAUCCUUUGGCUAUGAGGCCGCUGGUUCUUUGCCACACAUGGCAAAACACUUGCUGUUGACUUUAGCAAACACCUGCUCCUCUCCCUUAUGCAAGAUCAGGUGGCAGAACAGCAGUCCACUGGAAGCUGAAGCAUAAACAGUUAUGUUAAUAUUUCUGGCUCCUUCACCCUCGCUUUCCUCUUUUUGAUGAUCUAAGAGCUUAGAGUGGCCUAAGAGCUUAAGAGUCUGUCGCUCCAAAGUCACCAGGGGACACAGAGCAGGCGGGAGAGCUGCCUAAGUACCCUUUAUACUCCCUUCACACAGGGAUAAAGCUGCUUGGUUGCUUGGGAAAUAAAGGUCAAAAGGUUUAAGUUGUGUUAUUUCAGACAUUUCCAUGGCAACAGGCUCGAACAAACGGGGCCUGAAUGCAAAACUGAGGCAUUAUUUUAAACACAAUAUUAAUGGUCCAUCCCCCCAUUUGCAGUGUAAUGGCGUCCUUCUUUCAAGAAUGUGCUCAUUGUUGCAGCAUUGGGGUUCCAGAGCUGGGCUUCAGUCUUAAAUCCUGCAGCCCAUGGGUCCAGCGACAGUCCCAGAUUUACAGAAGCCAUCCCGGUUUCUGAUUUGAUCCCGGAAAGUCCCGCUUUUCCUUAGGACACCCCUAUUUUCAUUGAAGAAAUGGUGGAGGGUAUGGAAUAGAACAUCCCCAUGGCUUUUUUUCCAGCCAGAACUCACUGGAACUCAGUUCCAGCACCUCUCAGGUGGGCACCAUUGCCAUUAUAAGAGAACAAGGGAAGCUUUCAUGGUGAGUUCUGGCACCUCUUUUUCUAGAAAAAUUGCACUGAACAUCCCUAUUUUCAUUGGAGAAAUGUUGGAGAGGAAGCUCUCUAUUUUCACUGGAGAAAUGUUGGAGGGUAUGGAAUAAGAUGUUCCUAUUUUCAUCCAAGAAAUGUUGGAGGAUUUGGCCAAAACCAACUUUCUUCCUGUAAGAUAGCUUUCCCCAAUCUGGGGUCCUCCAGACUACAAAACUCCUAUCGUCUUUCGCCAAUGGCCAUGCUAGGUGGAGCUGCUUUGGAGUUCUGUUCCUAAACAUAUGGAAGGCACCAGGUUGUGGAAGCUCAUUGGAUGGGACAAUCACUACUGAGGAGAAUGUAGCACUGUGUUGGUGAGGAGUUACUAGUUUCUUGACAUUUCUGUUGAAAUAAGCUGUGCCCAGCCUAGACAGCAAGCUCAGAAUCUGAGAUCUUGACCAAACAAUAUGAAAGGCUAGCAGAACUUCUCCACCCUUCAAGCUCUGAUUUGCACCCAAUCCAGCCUUCUGAAUGGUGAAGGUGUGGCAUAAUAGACCUUCCUAGGUUGGGUCAGCUUUAGCCCCGAACAUGCUGCCUGCAACUUUUUGUAACUUACUCCUCCAGACCUGUUUUUCCUCCAACGUCUUUGCCUAUCUUCCCCCGUAUUUUUGUUUGUUUUCACUUUUAACAUAAAUCACUUAUUGAUCCUACUUCAGCCAUUGUCACCUGGAAAUAAUCUAAUCUCUACAAUGGCAGAGAAGAAGCAUAACAAAACUGAGAUGGCCGUGGACAGGGAGUUACAACUUGUUAGCCAACCUCUUGACAUAACACCUUGUGGAAACAACUUUUACACUAUUUCUACUACUGCUGCAAUUAAAAGACACCUGCUUCUUGGGAGAAAGGCGAUGACAAACCUAGACAGCAUCUUAAAAAGCAGAGACAUCACCUUGCCAACAAAGGUCCGUAUAGUUAAAGCCAUGGUUUUCCCAGUAGUGAUGUAUGGAAGUGAGAGCUGGACCAUCAAGAAGGCUGAUCGCCGAAGAAUUGAUGCUUUUGAAUUAUGGUGCUGGAGGAGACUCUUGAGAGUCCCAUGGACUGCAAGAAGAUCAAACCUCUCCAUUCUGAAGGAAAUCAGCCCUGAGUGCUCACUGGAAGGACAGAUCGUGAAGCUGAGGCUCCAAUACUUUGGCCACCUUAUGAGAAGAGAAGACUCCCUGGAAAAGACCCUGAUGUUGGAAAAGAUGGAGGGCACAAGGAGAAGGGGAUGACAGAGGACGAGAUGGUUGGAUAGUGUUCUCGAAGAUACAAACAUGAGUUUGACCAAAUUGCAGGAGACAGUGGAAGACAGGAGUGCCUGGCGUGCUCUGGUCCAUGAGGUCACAAAGAGUCGGACAUGACUAAACGACUAAACAACAACAAUGCUGCUGCUGUUCCUGUUUCCUUUCUUUCAGUUUUCUUCUCUCUCUUAUAUUAGUUAAAUUUAGAAAAACUGCACUAACUGAAUAUAUCUAAGUAAAUGAGUAAUGGCAAUCGAUUUUCAUUUUCUCCUUGACAUCCUUGGUGACUGAGAUGGGCAGAUAGCACAACAAUGUUCUCAAAAUGUGCAGACAUGCCAAAAAGUGAGCAGUUAGGUCUUCUCCUUUCUGAUUCUCCUUCUUAGCCCCCCCCCCAAACUAUUGUGUGAAUUAGUCAAUUUAAGCCGUAGCGAUAACUUGAGUGGGAAUAGAUUAUGGCAGCUUUCAGCAACCUGGGACUGUCCAAAUCUGUGGUUCCCACAGGGGGGCAAUUAGAUUUUAAUGGGGGCAAUUCGAGAAUGAGUUAUUAACAGUUAAUGGCCUUUUAGGCUUCCUCCAUGUGAAUAGUUCACUUUUUGAAUAAUAAGAAUUAUAUGUCACGGGGGGCGGGUGUCAGGAUUUUAGAGAUGCUUAGGUGGGGCAUGGCCGAAAAAAGGUUGGGAACUACGGGUCCAAAUGUUUCGGUCCGCAAUUAGUCACCUCUUUCUGGGCUGUACUACUUCAGAAUUUAGGUGGGGUCUGCAUGAUUAAGUAUUUUUCUUUAUAGUUUAAGAAAAUUAUUCCCUGAACUCAGAACCAUAGCUAUCAACCGUCCCUUAUUUGGCGGGAAAGUCCCUUAUCACAGUGGCUGUGUCCCGCUGCUGUCCCUUAUUGAUGAUGUCCCUUAAAUUUCCUGGGUUUCAAAGGAAGCAGCUCCUCUCCCUCCCUCCCUGCUGGCCAGGGAGGAGGGAGGCUCCAACUGUGUUGCUUGGCUGUGUUGCUCACCCAAUAAGGAGUCUAAGAAUGACUGGGGGUGGAGCUUGCAUGCCUUAUGUCGAUCAGAUCAGCUGCGUUGCCUGGGGACUCACUUUUGCUCAGCCCUUCCCAGUGGAAAGGUGACGAUGGUUUUCCUUGCUGCAUCCCCUUUGCUGGGUUGCUGCGCUGUGGGAACCACCGCUUGAGGCUUCGUUUGGCUGCUGGCUGGGCUUUCUGCCUUUGGCUCGGAGGGGCUCAGAAGUUGAACAUACCUGUGCUGGGAAAAUCCCUUAUUUUGGCUGCUGAUCCCUUAUUUUCAAGGCUGCUGGUCCCUUAUUUUCAAAUCUGUAAGUUGACAGCUAUGCCCAGAACACUUGAUAAAAGGGAAAGGGUUCCAAUCUAACUCUCCCCUCCAUACUGUUUUUUAAUAUGCGGGGAUUGUUUUUUGCCCUUGGGUGAGCUUUCUAUCAUGAAAACCUUCAACUGCAGUCAAAGGUGGUGUGUUCCAGAUAGAGCUUCACUAUAACAUCUGCUGUUUCUGAGAUCUAAAUCCAAUGGAAAGUUGGUCCUUCUCUAGCCCAUACAGGAAAGUUCACAUAUUUUUGUUUUCUGUGUGGUCAACAUACAGAGCACCUAUCAUGCUACUCACAUCUUAUGUAGGAAUGAAAUGGUACAACCAUCUUGGGUUUUGUUUUUAGUAGAAAAAUCAUUGUUUUCUUUUGUUGUUGGGAGGUUCAAAAGGUCAGCCAAGGAAGACUUAAGGGGUGGUGUAAAAGCAUGCCUAUUAUGGGGAACUUAGACUUAGAAAAACUGAGAGGUAGGCUGAGAGGUUGGUGUGUGUGUGUGUGUGUGUGUGUGUGUGUGUGUGUAAAAAAAGUGUAUAUAAGUGAAACUAGCAAGCAGAGACGGUUUCCUGGGAAUUCAAGAAAGCAUUUUAAAAUCCCAAGAAGAAGCCAGGACAGAGAGCGUUACAGAGGCACCAGACGCCAGGGAUAAAAGAAGUUGAGCCAGAAGCUGCACUGCUAUUAGACUAGGAUGAGCUAAAAUUGUGUUAUUGGCUUAAGCAGGAAAGUGCCUAGAUAGAAAAAAGGAUUUUUCUAUGCUACUUUCAUAUCCAAAUUGCUUAUUAGAGUUAACUGUAUGGAAAGUACCUUCUAAUCUUAUGUUUCUUUCCUUCUGUUCCUUUUCUCUUGCUUUCUCUUUCUUCUCUUUCCUUUCCUUGUCUUUUCUUCCUUCUGACUUUGUUCCAUCUUAGAGGCAGAGGGCCUUCUCGGUAGUGGCGCCUGCCCUGUGGAACACCCUCCCAGCAGAUGUCAAGGCAAUAAGCAACUAUUUUACUUUUAAAAGACAAGUGAAGGCAGCCCUGUUUAAGGAAGAGUGGCUGGGGAAACCCAGCCAGAUGGGCGGGGUAUAAAUAAUAAAUUAUUAUUAUUAUUAAAGUAGCUAUUUUUUCUCACUAUAUUAUAAAAAAGAUCCUUUGUAAUGGGAAUGUGUUUUUGUACAUCUUUGAAUCAGUAUCGAUAAAUACAUUUAAAAAAAUAAAAUAAAAUAAAGUGCCUUCCAAUCAAAGAAGAGGAAUUGCAGAUUUCUGCCAGAGGGAAUUGAUCGGCAAAGUCAUUGUCCCGAGAUAUUGUGAUCAGCGAUUAUCUUUAAAAAGAAUGAUGACCAAACUGCGUGGAUGAUAUGGUCUUUGCUGGCUUCUGGUUACAGCAGCCAGGAAGUGCAACCUCUAUAUGAUACCUUCUUACCUGGCAUCGGCAGUAGAUAUCUCCAUCAUAAAACCUGUAUGUCAACUUCCCAUUUUGACAUUUUGCUGACCACUGUCAGUCGAUGUAAUUAAGUUGAGCUACCAGGAACAUUGAUCUAACCCAAUAUGGCAGCUGACAUGUCCCCAGCUAUAAUCCAGCUCUGAAACAAAAAAAGUUUUGGCUCAGACUCUCCCCAACAGCAGAUCCAAUUAAACUAAGGGCUGAAAAAUGUUCCAUCAAGUUUAUACCUUUUCUGAAUUUUGCUCUGAUUAAGGGAACAUUGUUCUCUUUCCUGUUUAUUCAUCCUUCUUUAUUACCUUUUCCCUCAUGAACUCCUGAUUACUCAACACCUAAAGCCUCUAAUAUGCUUGUGUUGUUUAUUCCCUUUAAUUUGUUAAAUGCUUCACUGCUUUUCAGGCAAUGGAUGUGAAAACUCAGUCAAAGCCACCCAAGGACUGCUGUGUGUUGCUUCUUUCCCAGCAGAGACUGGAUGGCUGGCCAGAUCACAGAAUCUUAGAGUUGGAAGGGACCCCAGUGAUCAUUUAGUCCAACCCCCUGCAAUGCAGGAAUACGCAGCUGCUCCGCACGGGGAUCGAACCUGCAACCUGCAUUAUCAGAGCCAUGUUCUAACCAACUGAGCUAUCCAGGCUGACAUGCAUCAGCUAGCUUUCUAUCAGGUUUCAUAUUGUCGCUCUUCCACAUUAAUGGAACUAGGUGCUAUUAAAGCCAUACCAAAGGCUGCCACUGAAAAUGACACAAACAGCCUUCAUGUGUUUUUCACAUUUUGUGUCCUUUCCCCCCUCAUUCAGCAGCAGUAGUACUGAAAAAACCAUUUCAACUUUCCCUGUGAUUUUAUUAUUUCCCAAUUGCCCUCUGCGCAUCAAGAUGGGCAGUAUCAAAACAUCCCUCGUAGCUCAUGUUUUGUUUCAUUUUCCUAGCUUAAGGCAUUCCUCAUAUGGUACGGUUCGGUGUACUAUAUCAGAUAAUGAAUGAAACAGGGAGUGAAAGAGCAUUUUAUCUGGAAAGAUCGCAAACAUUGUUCAAAUGCGUGGAACAUUUCUCUUGACCCAUGAGAAAAAGGAGGCUGUGCAAACUGUCGUUGAUUUAGCUCUGGCAGCCGCAAAUCUAUCCCCCCCCCCCCCUUUGGUCUGUUUAGUACUGAAAUGUGCUUGGAUGGUGGCUGUUGAGUGAAAUAUGUAGACAAUUUCCUUAUAUAUCAUCAGGCUAAUUUUUCAAGAAUUGUUUUUUAGCUGUACUUUUAGAUUGGCCACCUGCAUGGAUUCAUAUAUAAUUUUUGUCAAGCCUCGGAGACAGGCCACACCCAAAACUUGAUUCCAACACAGGUUGAAAGAGAACCAAGCCUGAUCAGCAGCAUCUCCUGAAGAGAUUGAGGGGAGUAGCAAACUUAGAUGGUUGGGUUUUAUAGGGCAAGGUUUGCCAGUACCUCCAACAGUACCCACGAAAGAAAAGAUCCCCUCAAAACUCCACAAGAGCCUGCUUUCUCUUCCUGCUCAGUUUCUGUUUGACCAGACUCAGCCUCUCCUACGUUGAAUUAUGACCCUUAAAACAUGGCAGAUGAUGCACCCCCCCCUGAUGGAUGAGGUGGGAGGAAUGCCCACACUAUUUUGUGGUCCUCUCUCUUUCCCUGCUGUGGCAGCCAUUCCCCCAAUGUGGCAGCCAUUUUGUGUUAUGGAACACACACUCCAUGGCAGCCAUAUUGUGACUGGCACCCACAGGGGUGCCAAAAAUUGGGGGGGGGGACAGAUAAAUGUUGCCCUGCAUAAUGUGGCAUGCACACACCUAUUGAAUGGCAAUGGCCAGCAACUGGGGGGGGGGGAGCUGUUAUGUAUUGAAGUGCUCACCCUGGCCACCAGGGGUAUUGUGUAUAUAGUUUUCACUCAGGUUCACGUCAGUUAAUUUAGGCGGGAAACCCUGGGGUGUUGUUACAAUGUUGACAGCCGGCUGCCUAUAAAAGCAGGCUGGCUGAGCUGUUCAGUUCAGUUCAGUUCCAGUUUACUUAUAAAGAACUACUUGGAGAAAUCUCUGUGUCGUCUGCUUUGUCAACCCACUACUUGAUAGGAGCCCACUCAAAUAUUUUAUUGGGGUGGACGGACAAAGGGUCCUCGGCCCCUAGGAGUUGGCUCCUAUGGGUGCCCAUGGUGAUUUUCUUCAAAAUUCCAGCUGUGCCAACUGGUCCCAAAUGGUUGGCGACCCCUGUAGGUAGAUUCAGGUUGGUCUUGAUUAGUCCAUGGGGUGAUCUGCCAGUACGCAGGCUGAGGUAUUAUUGGCCGUAGUCUGCUUUGGCGUCACCUUUGCACUGCAGCACUUAAGCAGCAUUUAUGCUGUGAAACAGAGCAGCUAUUUCACAACCCUCCCCUCACCCCCAGUAAGUCUAUUGCAUUUUCAUUGCUGGGAAGAUGUGGUUUGACUGUUGGAGCAGGCAUUGUCAGGGGAGGCUGUCCGGUGUGUUGGGUGUUAAAAAGUAAUUUGACCACUGCCAGAGGCGGCUCUUUGGCCGUAAAGCUUGUUUAAAGUUCAUCUAAGUGUGGCAAACAUUCCUCUCUGCACUUUCAUGGGUUUUGGAGAAGAAGGGGACCUGCAGUAAUAAAAUAGAAAACAAGAUGUAAAGUCUAGCUUCUGCAGCAUAGCAUUUUGUGAGCAAACAAGUCCUGGAAUAAACAGGAUGCUUUAACAUCUCUCACAGAUUUUUUUGUCCCUGUUGCCGAGCGUUUGUUUUCUUCAAAAUUCAAAUCACACUUUAGGCAGGGACACUUUUUGCCAUGUGGAAGCUUAAAACUUUUACAUCUCCAUCUGAUGCACAUCUGUUGCGAAAAUUGCAGGCGAGGACUCGGGAAUGAGAAAUGCAGAACGAUUUUGGCCGUUUGUAAAAGUCGAAAACCAACUGGAUUUAUUGUUUGGCCUCUGCAUUGCUACACCUGGGAAACAUCUAGUGUAGGAACGUGUGCCAUUCUGGAAAUGGGUGACAAGCUGAUCAGUGCUAUAUCUCACUUUAAGACCUUGCAGAACCAAACAGCCUAAUCGUGAUGGCCAUCUGAAAAACAAACAGUCAGCUCUUGUGCCUUUUUGCUACCCUCUGAUGAGGUCCAGCUCACCUACCAACCUCUCUCUGCUAAACGAAUAUUACAGGAAAGCAGAUCAGGGCAGGUCUGUCUGGAGAAUUCCUCAAGACCAGCACUCACUACAUAAGUUGAUAAUCUGAAAUUUUGUACACUCUAAGUGUCCUGAUUUUCCAGGGACAGUCCCGGAAUUACACAAGCCAUCCCAGCUUCUGAUUUGAUCCCAGAAUGUCCUUAUUUCCCCUGCCAGUGCCACUCCUGCCACAAUUAGAGAAGACGAUGAGCUGGUGCUUAUUCUGAACGGUGGCGGUGAGGGAGCACCCUGUUGCCUGUGCAUGGUUGCUGCUGCUGCCUCCCCACAACCUUGGGCAGUUCAUGGCAGCCUCUGGAGAAAAGGCAAGAAGAGUUUGGAUUUGAUAUCCAGCUUUAUCACUACCCAAAGGAGUCGCAAAGCGGCUAACAUUCUCCUUUCCCUUCCUGCCCCACAACAAACACUCUGUGAGGUGAGUGAGGCUGAGAGACUUUGAGAAGGGUGACUAGCCCAAGAUCACCCAGCAGCUGCAUGUGGAGGAGCAGGGAAGCGAACCCAGUUCACCAGAUUACGAGACUACCGCUCUUAACCACUACACCACACAGGCAAGGAGGAGACGAGGCUGCUGCCACAACCCCAUGUGAUGCACCAGCUCUGAGGGGCAGGCAGAGGGCAGGGUCACUCUGGCCGGGGACAAAGGGGGAGCAGAGUGGAGCAUGAGGAGUCUUGAUAAUUUAUUUUAAAAAUGUUUGGUGAGUCCGUGUCUAAUCUUACCCCUUUCUAAAAUAUAUUCAUUGGUGUGCAUUUUUCUUUUUAUAAUUUGACCAAACUGGUCCUUAAAGACCUACAUUGGCUCCCAGUACGUUUCCGAGCACAAUUCAAAGUGUUGGUGCUGACCUUUAGAACCCUAAAUGGCCUCAGCCCAGUAUACCUGAAGGAGCAUCUCCACACCCAUCGUUCAGCCCCAGACACCGGGGUCCAGAUCCGAGGGCCUUCUGGUGGUUUCCUCACUGCGAGAUGUGAGGUUGCAGGGAACCAGGCAGAGGGCCUUCUCGGUAGUGGCGUCUGCCCUGUGGAACGCCCUCCUGUCAGAUGUCAAGGAAACAAACAACUAUUUGCCUUUAGAAGACAUCUGAAGGCGGCUUUUAAUGUUUGAAGUUUUAUUCUGUGUUUAGUGUUCUUUUGGGAGCCGCCCAGAUCGUAACUGUCAACAUUUUCCUUUUCUUGUGAGGAAUCCUAUUCGGAAUAAAGGAAUUUCCCUUAAAAAAAGGGAAACGUUGACAGCUAUGCCCAGAUGGGCAGGGUAUACAUAAUAAAAAUUAUAUUAUUAAAAUAUAAUCGGGAUUAUGAGGUUUUCUCAGAAGAGUGGAGGGUGCUGUGUCCCUGACAGGAAAUGUUCUGCAGGAGGUGGGGGGGCAGUAAAUGCAGGGUUGAGAAGGUCAGUUGGGGAGGGCAGAAAUGUCCCUAUUUUCAACUUUGGAAUGUUGGAGGGUGUGAAAUUUGUCGAUAAAAGAGCAUGCAAAUAUAUUCACAAAUAGUUCCAAAGGUUAGUCUUGCUAAGCAAGGCUCCCUCUCAGAUGUGCACGUAUCUUUUGACAUUGAUCUUUUCAGAGAGAUGUUGGCAAGAUACGCUUGCUCUCACUUCCUGGAUCUGUGAAAUCUUGCCAUUCCUACUGCAGAUGCAGUCCUUAAUGUAAAACCCAUUUCCGGGGAAAAUAUAUAUAUUAAGGUUGCUGGCGAUUCCCAGCAAUGAAUCAUGCUGAGAGUUCCUUGAGGUGCAGUUAUCUUUAUUGUUAUGGAAUAGAGGAGUACACACGUGGAUUAUUUUGGCCACUAAGGCCCAUUUUAAUGGCAGUAUAUAUCUGCCAGGGCCAUUAACACAUCACACUGUAGUCUCUCUAGCUUUAUUAGAAUUAACGAAGUGAUCCUAUGGAGGGGUGAAGUUGCUUGGUGGAGAAGCUGCCAGUUCAUAAGCCCUGCCAGCUCACACCAGCCAAGGUUUUUAAAGCAUUGAUUUAAACCAAGCACAUGAACGUGAAAAGAUAGUUUCUCCCAGUUUCUCAUUUUGUUCUAGCCUUACAUUAAGUUCCUCACAUUUCUGCAUCAGUCUUGGGGAAGGGAAAUUUACAUUCGCAUGGAAAUCUGCCAGAUUUUAGUGCACAUUUUCCCCAAUAUACAUGUUAGUUGUUUUUUAAAUACAUUUUUAUUAAAUUUUCACUUUAAACAACAAACAAUAAAUUUCCAUAUUCAUCUACACAGCUCAUUUUCCACAGGUCUGCUGAGCAAUGACUUCCCCCCUCCCGGCCACAGGCUUUCUUUUUCAAUCUACAUCUCACAGUUUCCUCUCCUUUCCACAAAUCCAUGUCAUAAGAUUUAUUUCAGUCCUGCUAAUGUCUUCAAACUCCUACAGUUAUUACUUAUGUGGUCAAUAAAUUUACUCCAAUCUCUUUGGAAUUUUGAUUCUUCCUGGUUUCAGAUCUUGCAGGUCAGUUUUGCCAGUUCCGCAUAAUCCAUCAUCUUCGUAUGCCACUCCUCCAACGUUGGUAACUCGUGUAAUUUCCACUUUUGGGCUAAUAAAUUUCUUGCCGCAGUCGUUGCAUACAUAAAUAGGCUUUGAUCUGCCUUUUGCAAUUUGCAGUGGGGGUGGGGGUGGGCCAAUAUACACGUUAGUUAAUGCAAUUUUGCCUGGUGUACACAUUUUUGCAAGUAAUUUCCCUAGCACAAUGCGUUUUAGGUGUUGUUUUUCAUGACUAUAUGCAUUUGAUUGGGUUGGAGAACUGCAAACACCAAAUUCAGAAGAGUGUAAAUUUCAAAGAAUAGCUGUACUUCAUCUUGCACAUUACUUCUGAAAGUGAGAAACAGGUAGAUUUGCAUUAAAAUCUGAAUGGAACCAUAUAUCUCCCCCAUCCAUAGCAUAGGUGCAUCUAAUGAAGUUUGAUGGCCAUCUGCCAUAGAUGGGUUAGCUGAGAUUCCUGCAUUACAGCGGGUUGGACUAGAUGACUCUUGGGUCCCUUCCAACUCUACGAUUUUAUGAUUCAAUAAUAAUAAUAAUAAUAAUAAUAAUAAUAAUAAUAAUAAUUUGACUUUUAUUUGUUGCCCACCCUCCCCGGUCAAAACCAGGCUCAGGGUGGCUAACACCAAAUAUAUAAUACAGUGGUACCUCGGGUUAAGUACUUAAUUCGUUCCGGAGGUCCGUUCUUAACCUGAAACUGUUCUUAACCUGAAGCACCACUUUAGCUAAUGGGGCCUCUCCUGCCGCUGCACGAUUUCUGUUCUCAUCCUGAAGCAAAGUUCUUAACCUGAGGUAAUAUUUCUGGGUUAGCAGAGUCUGUAACCUGAAGCGUAUGUAACCCGAGGUACCACUGUACAUUAAAAACACAAAAUCAAACAAUUGGUUAAAAUACAGUUCUAAAUCACAUUUAAAAUCAGAAUAAAAUUAAGUGGGAGUCCACAAAUCACAAUCGUAGGGGUAAGGAAAUGUUCACCAGGAAAUGAAUAACUUACCCUCAGAGUCCAUGCUCAGCUCAUUCUUUCUCAUGGCCUGAUUUGAUUGGGAAACUAGGAAAGCAAGGCACAAACUGGCAACAAGUCCCUGCAGCAACUUUGUCCUCACAUCUCCCCAAACAGAACCAGACUGGAUAACUUCAGCCAUACCAUCAAGACUCAUUCAGUUCCACAUCUGUCAGUGUGAUACUCCAUCAUCUGUCAGAAAUACCCGUCUACUCUGUCUAUGUUGAUCAACAGGACAGGCUUUAUGCAAGAUCCUAAUAUGAAUGCACACAGGCCAGACAUUUUUUAAAAAAGAUAAUAUUCAGAAAACUGUGACAUGGCAUUUUGCUGCCGGCCUUGACAUCACCAUCAUUCAACAACAGCAUCUGAAAGAAGAGCUCCAGCAUGAAGCCACAGAAUUGGCAUUCAUUAGCACUUUAGAUAUGAGGGAACUGGGGUUCAGAAGAGACUGUGGCCACAUUCUCAACAAACACUUAAAGUGCUAUGAUACCACUUUAAACAGUUAUGGUUCUCCACCCCAAUAAUUCUGCGAGUUCUGGUUUGCUUGUACAUCUCACUAAUUUUAUACAUUUCAUUAAUUUUACAAUCAUUUUGACAUUUCAAAACUUGACUUCCUCCUCUUUCUGAGGUUCCUUAAAUUUAUAUUUAAUAUCUUCUGCAUAUCCAAAUUAACCUAAUUUGCUCAUUUAUUCAUCUUCUUAAAAUAUAUACUCUUAUGAAACUGCAGGCUAUUACAAUAAUCCUGCCAAUGUUUUUAUCCGUUUACAGUUUAUCUGUAAAUAUUCAAUAAACCAUUUCCAUUCUUUUAUAAAAAGUUUGCUAUCUUGAUUUCUGAUUCUUCUGGUAAGUUUUGCCAUUUCUUCAUAUUCCAUAAGUUUUUGUAUCCAUUCUUCCUUUGCUGGGACUUCUGCUUCUUUCCAUUUUGGGGCAAGUAACAUUCUUGCUGCUGUAGUAGCAUACAUGAAUAAGUUUCCAUACAAUUUAGGUAGCUCUGUCCCUAUAAUUCCCAAAAGAAAUUGAGAAUUACAGAGCUACAAUUUCCAGUUUAACAGUCAAUACCUCUGCCUGAGGAACAAGGGGGGACUGUCACCCUGUGAGUGGAAUAGUGGGGUCUCCGAACGACUCUCAGCACCUUUAACAAACUACAGCUCCCAGAAUUCUUUGGGGGAAGCCACGAUUGUUUAAAGUGCUAUCAUAGUGUCUUAAAUGUACGGUGUGAAUGUGACCUAGGAGUUAGUCUCGCUUUGAGGGGUGGGAAGCAUUGUCCCACUUUAAGCAUUUCGGUAUUGAUUUUGCAAGGACUAUUUUGUCAGAAAUAGCUCAGAAUGUGUCACACUGACUGCAUUCUCCCUGCAUGUAUAAACUUAAUAUGUAAAGGUAAAGGUAAAGGACCCCUGACAGUUAAGUCCAUUUGCAGACGACUCUGGGGUUGUGCGCUCAUCUCGCUUUACAGGCCGAGGGAGCCAGCGUUUUGUCCGCAGACAGUUUUUCUGGGUCAUGUGGCCAGCGUGACUAAGCUGCUUCUGGUGCAAUGGAACCAGAGCAGCACACGGAAAUGCCAUUUACCUUCCUGCCACGGUGUACCUAUUUAUCUACUUGCACUGGUGUGCUUUCGAACUGCUAGGUUGCCAGGAUCUGGGACAGAGCAACGGCAGCUCACUCCGUCAUGGGGAUUUGAACCGCUGACCUUCUGAUCAGCAAGCCAAAGAGGCUCAGUCGUUUAGACCACAGCGCCACCUGAGUCCAGCUAGGCUACAACCCUUUUCCUCUAGUCUUACAUAUGGAGGGGAUUUGUUAUCAUCUAGAAGCAUCCAGAUAUGAGCACACAUGCCCAGUCUGAAGUGGUGCAGUUCAUAUAGAGGUUAACUUUCCUCAAUGAAAAUCAAAGCAGCAUUUCUGAAAGGCUCAGACAGCAAACAUAAGGAUAUUUCCAUGUAUCCCCGGGAGACUUCCGGGGAGGCGCCUCUGGUAAUGGUGGAAUUCCUCUGACCGGGAGGAAUCUGCUCCGUGGGAAUCUGGGUCUGGCCGCCACGGCGAAGGCGGACACCCGUUAAAAUCACAGGCGGGAGAAGCCUGUGAGCGUGGGAUUCGGCGGGCACCUUUUGCGCCUCCCCCACUCGCGGGGAACCCCGGUUUUUGGGGCUCCGGAGCGACGUGGGGUGAGUGGCGCGGUGCAUCGAAUCGUCUGCUUCUUCCAUGGAGCGAAACCACAUAGCUGUUGCCGGAGAGCGCUGACCUUUUCCUGUGGACAUUUUGACUUUAAAGUAAUUACCCGUGAGUAGAUCUGAAAUGGAAGAAUUGGAUUUCUAAAUGUUUAAUUUGGUAUUGCAAUGGGGAGGUUCAAAACAGGAAGUCCGCCUUCCCCUUUUGUAAAUAGACUGAGGCAAUGAAGUUGCAAGCUGGACUCCUGGAAAGUCUUUUGUAAAAGAUCAAAUUUCCAUCGGUAAAGAACAAAACCCCCCUUUGGAGGCAGGAGAAGAGGAGGGGAAGUUAUGGACUGAGUAUGCCUGCAGGAGAGAGCGAAGAGAUCUAAAACACCGCUGCUCUGACCCUGGAAACGGGCUGCUAGUAGGACUGACGUAUUUUGGAAUGUUCAUUGACAGCGUUUAGAACGUUCAUUGACAGCUAGUUAAACAAGAGAAAUACAUUGUUUCUACUGUUUCCGGCUGCUUUAAAAAGGAGUAAAAGUAACUGAAAAUUGAAACUAACUUGAAACUAAUUUUGGAUUGUUUAAAAGAGGAUACUAUUGACUAUUACAAAUAGAAACUGUUUCCCCCUAGUGGAAGCCUUUGAAACUGGGUGCUUUACAAGAGUUGGGUUAGGGAAAUUUCCAGCUGCAAGUUAAAAACCGUGAGACUCUGGGACUGACCUUGAAUCUUUUAAGUGUUAUGGUUAAUGGAAGAGGAAAAACAGACCAGUCAACUGCUGACAAAACAUUAAGGUCUGGGAGGACUUGGCAACAAUCCAGGAGAGGUCCAUCAUCAGGCCCCCCUGCUCUUUUUGUUGCAGCCUUUGUACCAGUAUAUGUAAAACCAAGAGAAAUGUUGACAGAAGAGGCUCUAGUGGCUGCAUUACUUAAGAUAAAUGACUCAUUGGAUCAGCUUCACAGGAAAAUGGACACGAUAAAUGCGAAAGUGGAUGUUUCAAUCACUAAAAUUAACUUAAAUAUAGAAAGUAUAAAUAAUACUAAUAUAGAAGCCACCCAGAAAUUGACACAGGAAUCUAUUUCGAUACAGCAAACUGAGGAGGAGGCCAGGGAAAAAGCUGUUGUUGCUGAAUGUAAAGAAACACAACUGGAGAGAAAGAGAAAGAGAGCCCCAGUCCUACAGAAGCAACUUGAUGAAUAUAAGUUGACACUUGCUAUGACUGAACUUAAAGAAAAACAGACGAAUUUGAGGAUUAGAGUUCACCUUUGGUGGACAUGCCCAAGGAUUAAGACACUUUGGGAGAUGAUUCAUAAUGAAAUGAAAAAGGUAUUUAAAUAUACCUUCUUGAAGAAACCAGAGGCCUUUCUCCUGGGCAUGGUCGGCCAAUUGGUGUUAAAGAAGGAUAGAACUCUUUUCACGUAUGCAACAAUAGCAGCAAGAAUACUCAUUGUGAAGUACUGGAAGACACAAGAUUUAUCUAUCCGGGAAGAAUGGCAGAUGAAGUUGAUGGACUAUAUGGAAUUGGCGGAAACAACUGGCAGAAAUCCGAGACCAGGGAGAAGAGUCGGUGGAAGAAGACUGGAAAAAGUUUAAGACUAUUUAUAGAAAUAUUGUAAAAAUAAUGAAUGUUAGAAAAAUGUUGGAAUGAAGUUAUAUGGCUUUAGUAGAAAUGCUAUAAGGAAUUAAGUAUAAAUAGAUUAAUAGAGUAUUAAAGGGAAAUAAGAUUAGAAAAUGUUAAGAUAAUUAUAGGAUAGAAAACAGAGGAAGAUGGAAAGGAAUUGCUGAAACAAUUAAUAGAAGUGGAAUACAAAAAGGGAGGUGUGAGGAGGUCGUGGAAAUAAGGGAAUGAAAGUUAAGAUAUUGAAAUUGUUUUGGGUUUUAAAUGGUUUGCGUAUUGUUUUGCUAAUCUUAUGUUUUUUCUUUUUUCUUUUCUCUUCUUUGCUUUUUCUUUUCCUUUUUUUCUUUUCUGUUUUAUUGUGUUUAAAUGAUUGGAAAAUCAAUAAAUAUUAUUUAAAAUAUAUAUAUAUAUUUUUCCAUGUAUUUUGCUCCAUGCAUCACUACAGUUUUCAAAGAUAUAAAAAGAGAUGAUAUUUUUUUUAAAAAACUGCAGCAAUAUUGAGAAGGCUUGGUAGAAAAGUUUUUUUGUGGUUUCAGAUAUCUGAGGCCACAGAAUUACUGUUCACCUCACCAGAUGGAUGACCUGCUCAAAUUAUGUUGGGGUGAGGAACAUAAAAGGCUUUCCAGUCUUAUGACAGCUCAUAUCUGACCUCUUAAGGCUUUUGCCCCAGACAGCAGAGCUUCCAUGUGGUAACUUAUCUAUGGCCAGCUGUUCUGGGAGAAAGAGGUGGCUGGGAGAUUUCUAUUAUUAUUAUUUCCAUAGCCCUAGAUGAUUUUCGGGGGAUUUGAGAGGGAUGCCACAUAUGCCAGGAAUUAUUGCCUCAGAAUCCCCAAAAGCCAAGCCAAAGAUUUAAGAUUCCUUUCCAACAUGUCCAUCAGAUCUGUUUGGGCCUCUUUCCCUCCAUGUAAAUAUUUUUGCAUGUGGGAUGAUUUACUGUUCAAACCAGCUGAGGCUAACUAGCUGCAGUUGCCAUCUGGCCAACUUUAACCCAGCCUGAAAUGGGCUGUGUGUGUUUGUUUUAAAUCUUCUGGCUGCAUCUUUUUAAAACAUAGGCAGAAGAGACAACCUAUCUGUAGCUCAUAACCACCGCUUAUGACGCAUGUGAGCAGGGCCGGAUUUAGGUUUGAUGAGGCCCUAAGCUACUAAAGGUAAUGGGGCCCUUUAUAUGUCCAGCUGUCCUUGUAAACAACAAAUUGUCAUUGUUUUUUGUGUUGAAUAUAUGCUAUAUAGUAAUUUAUGGACCUAAUAGGUAUCUAAAGCCAUUCACACAUAACAAAAUAUGUAUUUUAUCAAAGUGCACCCAGGGUUUUUUCUUUACAUUUUUGGGGGGCCCCCAAGAGAAUGGGGCCCUAAGCUAUAGCUUGUUUAGCUUAUAUGUAAAUCCAGUGCUGCAUGUGAGUUGAAAAGGAAAAUGAGCAGAUCAGCUUCUUUCCAAACCUUCUGCACAAUAAAUCAGUGGGAUGGAUUCACAUACCUCGGGUGUGGUUCUCCAGGUGGUGCCAAACUACAACUCCCAUCAUCCCUGGCAGUUGGCUGUGCCUGCUGAGGCUGUUGGGAAUUGCUGUUCAGCGAAACCUUGAAAGCCAAAGGUUUCCCGCAACUGAUAUACCUGUUUACGGGCAAGUUCAGUCUUGUCGUUGGCAUCUGUCUGGUGUGCGCCUCCAGGUAUGAAGUCAAACCACUGUGCUAGCAGCACCAAAGUGACCUCUCCAGAGCGCAAGCCUGGGCAAUUCGUAUGGAGGUCUUGGGCUGUCCAGAGAACAUGACCCCACCCCCAACCUUGCUGAUGUGGUCCAAAGGAAGCAGACCAAUAUGUUUGGCACCAGACUGGCUGCAGGAGCUGAUGGAAGGAGACAUACAAGGUGCCAUCCAACCGUCUUAGGGACUCCUCUAUGGAUUUUUGCAGGGUUUCAGCCAAUGCCCCCAAACAGUCAAAGAUGAAAUCAAUUGAACAGACUUUAAAACAUGAGAUAGACAAGGGUCCUUGGUGCCACCAAGGGAUUGGUCUUGUGAAGGUCUCGUGGGGUUCAUGGAUGCCACGAUAGGGGUCCCAUGUAUAUAAAAUGAACUAGUCCACAUACCCUGUCCAUGUUUGAUGUGAACUGUCUGUACUGCUAUAAACCAAUGCAGGCUAAAGCACUUUGCUCCCCUCCACAUGUGAUUUAGGGUCAUCCUGCCAGCUUAGAAGUACAGACCAGUCACAGAAUAUGAGGAAACCUUUAUAAGAGGUGAGGUUCACAGGGAGACCUGCACUUAGAGAGGCCAAUAAAAUUCCAGUUUGCUCAGACAAGUUUUCCAUUCUACGGAAUGUGGCUCUUUGCACCUUCUAAGAGCAAAAGAUAGAAGGCAAAAAUAUAAUUGUGCAUCUGGGCUUCAGUUUGGCUCAUCACUAUUAUUACCAUAGGGUUCCUCACCGUUUCAGUGGAAUUAUCUGUGCAAGGAACCUGUAUAAAUAAUUCCUCUGAAAGCAUGGGGAAGCUGAGCCUAAUAAUGACUCGCUCAAGAAGAUGAGCAGGAAGUCACCCAGAAAACCAGUAUUCCCUGUCUGUUCUGUGAUGCCACCCAGGAACCUAUAGCUAUCUCUGUGUAUAUCUCUACAGAGGGAGAAACUGCAUUGUGCAAGGCUAUUCUUGAGCAAAUGUGAGCUUCAUUAAUGUGCAAGCACAACGCUAGAUUGUGCAGAGAUAUAGGGAAUGCUAUUCCAGGAAUGUCUCAGGAAUGACUCCCAAGCAUUUGCCUGAAAGUCUCAGCAGAGCUACAUGCAUGCAAGUUCCUGUGUAUAGUUCAGGAACUAUAGAAAAAUCAGUAUCUCUCAUUGCUUGUACAGUUUUAUUUGAAAAGACUCAGUUUCAUAUCUUGGAAAUAGGAACAGGGCUUGCAGUCCAAAUCCAUCUCCCCUGAAUUCUCUGAAGGUCUAUAUGCUCACCCAGGAACAAUUUCACUGCACUUCCAGGCCACUAAAAGUUUGUGCAUUUCGGUGCAGAUGCCUGAAAUCUUCAUGCAAAAGCUUUUUGUACACCCCCUGCUUUAGAUUCUUUGUUUUCAUUCCCCAUGAUUGCAAAUUACUAUCUAAUAAAAGAGUCCUCUCUAGGUUUCCAAGAACUGAACCAUAGCAAAAGGAACCCAUUCAUUUUCUAUUCUGUUUUGACACUCCAAAAUUAAUGCUGCUAUAUCAAAAUUAUACAGAGAAACCUGUUACACAAUACAUUGCUGAGUUCAUUCAUUGUGACAGCAAGUAAAACAGCUCUGGAGAGAGAAAAGAGCAGUGUGAUUUAGGUUACAGUCUCUGCUUUGCAUAAGCAAGAUUUUCCCCCUCUUUGGUGCCAACUUGUUUGCACAAUAGCUCAAAUUGGUACAGACAGCCCAUUAGAUUUUUCAUAUCACCAGGCUAAUAGGAAUCUAACUUUAGAAACCAUCUUAUAAUCUGGGGGAUGGGGAGUGCAUAGUUUAGUGUAGACAUUUUCAUUACCUGUUGACAAUUUAUACUAGCCACAGAAUUGUGAUCCUCUAAAAAAAUAUUUUGAAGGCAAAAAUCUCUUUAUUUUCCUACAUUCUGCUCUAGUUGGCUGCUUGGGUUGGCCUAUCCUAGGAAUGAAAAUGUUCUAUGAAUGAUAUGCUGUGAUUUUCAUUCCCACAUCCCAAAGCACAUUACAGGUUUAGCACUCAUAGUGACUAAUGCAACAACAAACCAUGUAGCAACAAAUUGUUACAAGGAAAAUAAUACUGUUACAAGAACAAACACUUCCUCCUUCCAUUCUGCCUUUCUUUGAACAUAAGGCGAGGAGUUUAGAAGCUUUUGGUUUUUGUUUCUGGUAAACCAUAGACUGCUAUUUUGUUCAAAGUGACAAACUAUGGUUUCCACUAACUUUUCCAUAGUUUGCCUUCAAAACCAGAUUCCAAACCAUGGUUUGAUCCUGAUUUGACUCCUAGCUUGAGGGUGACCAAAGGUUAGCACAAACCACAGUUCCUGGCAUUCUGAUGAAAUGGCAAAUUAGGAGGCGAACUAAUCACUCAAACAUGAAGGAAGGGCAAGAGGAAGAAGGAAUUAUUUGAGCUCAAGCCUUGCUGCUAAUCAUUCCUGGAAUAGUAAACCAUGGCUUGUCUUUAUGUCUGAAUUAAGUGUGAUUUCCCAAAGUAACUUAGUUAAGCAAAGCCAUUCUUUUAGUGUAUUUCUAUAUACAUGAGUAUAUAAUUUUUCAACCAGCACACUAGAGAUAUUUCCUUUGGAGGGAUGCAGAUCAUCACUUAACACAUGCAUCUAUUACCAUGACUAAGAAAACAUAGAUCAGAAAUUCUCAUUGCAAAAUGCUUUCUCUUCCACCUUCUUCAGUUAUUCUGAUGGUAGUCAAAGCUAUGAGUUACAGCUAUGAGUGAUAAUAUAGGAAGAGCUAAAAUGUUGCAUAGAGAUCCCACAUCACCAUGGCAGAAGCCUUGGGCAAAAGACAUGUUUGCUGCCGAUGGCACAACCAACACCCACAUUAAUUAGAAGAUACCAGUAAGACACGCAACAAAGUGUUGCAGUGUACCUCUGAACAAGGAAGGAUUCAAAGAGUUUCCUCUGAGCCAGGAAGAGAGCAGGAAUAUCUGCUUGACCUGGUGCCCAAAGCAGGGAAUGGGCUCCCCAUGUUGUAAGGGUGUUUGAGGUUGGGUGGCAGCGAGGAAGAUUUCCCCAUAAUUCUCUGAUCUGCGGAAUCUGCUCUGGUUUCAGGUAGCCAAAGUUCUACAAGAGCAGUCACUUUCUAUCUUGUGCGUGUGUUUGGCCACUUAUGGUGGCUUGAAUUUUAUCUACUUCUUCAUAACUGAGGGUUCUCCCUGGUAUGUAGUGCCUUGUAUGACACUGGCUUUCAUCUCAUAGUGACUGGCACAGGCCACUCAAGUUCAGUGCUGGAGUAAUGUUGACAUACCCUCCCGUGUUUCUCCAAUGAAAAUAGAGACCUUCCCUCUGACAUUUCUUCAAUGAAAACAGGGAUGCCCUAUUCCAUACCCUCCAACAUUUCUCUGACAAAAAUAGGGGCACUCGCGGGUGGCACUGUGGGUUAAACCACAUAGCCUAGGACUUGCUGAUCAGAAGGUCGGCGGUUUGAAUCCCCGCGACGGGGUGAGCUCCCGUUGCUCAGUCCCUGCUCCUGCCAACCUAGCAGUUCGAAAGCACGUCAAAGUGCCAGUAGAUAAAUUGGUACCGCUCCGGCAGGAAGGUAAACGGCGUUUCCGUGCGCUGCUCUGGUUCGCCAGAAGCGGCUUAGUCAUGCUGGCCCCAUGACCCAGAAGCUGUAUGCCGGCUCCCUCGGCCAAUAAAGCGAGAUGAGGGCCGCAACCCCAGAGUCGGCCACGACUGGACCUAAUGGUCAGGGGUCCCUUUACCUUUACCUUAAGGACCAGCAGGACAUUCCGGGAUCAAAUCAGAAACUGGGAUGGCUUCUGUAAAUCCAGGAUUGUCCCUUGGAGGAGCUGCGUUGAAUAUUUCUCACAUAGAAUAACUAAUUUUAUUUUGAUAGGAAUCUUAAACACUUUUGCCUUUAUCCAUAGAGAUGAAAGAUCUGGGAAUCAAGUGACCAAUUCAGGCAAAUAUAACUAGUAGUGAUGGCUAUCAACCCGAAUGACUUUAAAAAGGAUUAGACAAAUUCAUGGGAGGACAGGCAGUGGCAACUAACCCUGCUGGCUAUGUUCUUAUGGCUCAGUGCUAGCUGCACCAGAAGAAAAAGGGUAGAAGAUAAAUUGACAAAACUGCUGCGCAAGUGUUGGCAGCGGAUCGAUUGACAGCAAACGUGUAAAACUUGGAGUGCCAGCUUCACCCGCUACAAUAUGAUCAGGGGAUGUUAAAUAUUGUCAAGUAUCAAAGUCAAACAACAAACCGAAAUAUCAUCAGAUGUGCUAUUGCUAUGAAAUAUUCAGUGAAUAUCCUGCAAAUGUUUGAAGAUGCGGAGAACAUCUGGCGAAUGUUUGACAUCCUGGUUUGCAGAGAGAGAAUUUGGGGAAGCAAAUUCAUUACAGCUGUGGGUUGGGAGAGCGUAACAUGAAAAGUGACUGAAGGUGUUUUUCGGUUCACACCAAAACUGAGGGAAUGGCGUUUAAAUACUGCCAGCAAUGGCUGGAUCUACGCUGACCUGUUUAACGUUAUUUCCCAUUACUAGAAUAUUAUUAGAUAUGUUGUUCUAAAACAUCACAGGGCAUACUUGUUAAUUAAAACGUCUUUUACCUUUUCCCUCCCGUCAAAUGUUCCCAGGUAAGAUCCUCCCCCUAUAGUGUGGGCAGGGUGGUCCCUCCCCCUACCUGGCUUGAUCACCUUGGCAACGCCUCCCCAGGCGGGAUUGGGCAACUGGCUGAGACCUCCAGGUAUCCCACCUGGGGAAGGCGAAGCCAAGCCUGUGCUAAUGGUGCCACAUAGGGUCCAGGGGGCUGCGCGCGACCAUGCAAAGGGCGCCCCCCGUUUAAUGUGGGGAGCGGUCAUUCCCAUUAUUAGAAUAAUAUUAGAUAUGUUGUUCUAAAACAUCACAGGGCAUACUUGUUAAUUAAAACGUUUUUUACCUUUUCCCUCCCAUCAAAUGGAAGUAAUACCUCCCCCCGCCCCCAUUUCCCAAAACACUGUUUCUUUCCCUGCUGCUGGUCACUGUUUGCUACGCUCCACCCUCUGGUGUUACACUUUAAUCCUCCCUCCCUCCCUCCCUGCUUGAAUACCAUAGGAGGGGGGUCAGAGUUUGAAUGCAGUAAAGAAAGGUAAAACACUACAUAGGGACAUAUGAGCAGUGUUUCACCGAUACAGUGGUACCUUGGGUUAAGUACUUAAUUCGUUCUGGAGAUCUGUACUUAACCUGAAACUGUUCUUAACCUGAAGCACCACUUUAGCUAAUGGGGCCUCCUGCUGCCGCUGCGCCACUGCCGCACGAUUUCUGUUCUCAUCCUGAAGCAAAGUUCUUAACCUGAAGCACUAUUUCUGGGUUAGCGGAGUCUGUAAGUUGAAGCGUAUGUAACCUGAAGCGUAUGUAACCCAAGGUACCACUGUACAGUCAUACCUCGGGUUAAAUAUGCUUCAGGUUGAGCGUUUUCAAGGAACACGUUACUUCCGGGUUUUGCUGCUCGAGCAUGCGCAGACGCUCAAAAUGAUGUCACACGCAUGCGCAGAUGCAGCGACCCGCGCAGGCGCAGACGCAGAUGUGGGUUGCGUUCGCUUCAGGAUGCGAACAGGGCUCUGGAACGGAUCCCGUUCGAAUCCAGAGGUACCACUGUAUAGCUGCAUAAAACAAUUAACAACAACAACAACAAUUUACAGUGGUACCUUGGGUUAAGAACUUAAUUCGUUCUGGAGGUCCAUUCUUAACCUGAAACUGUUCUUAACCUGAAGCACCACUUUAGCUAAUGGGGCCUCCAGCUGCCAUCGCGCCGCCGGAGCAGGAUUUCUGUUCUUAUCCUGAAGCAAAGUUCUUAACCUGAAGCACUAUUUCUGGCUUAGUGGAGUGUGUAACCUGAAGAGUAUGUAACCCGAGGUACCACUGUAUUACUUUCCCCAGCCACUCUGGGAGGCUUCCAACAGGAGAUUAAAAAUACAUUAAAACAUCAGUCAUUAAGCAUUAAAUUUAUUAAGCAUUAAACGAUAAAAAGGCAAGGUAAUAACGCAUUGUGCACAUAAAAAGUAGGGCGUCAUGUCUCCAUGUACAUUAGCAAAACCAUUCCUUAACCCCUCCUUAACGUUAAAAACCGUGAGUGUAGACCCACCCUAUAAACAGUGAAAAAAUUGUGGCUUGGAUGCAUGCUGAAGGAAAUGCAUGACUGUGUAAAACAGCUAGUGUAAAUUCACCCAGAAUGGUAGAACAUGAGGAAGGGACUUUGGGUUGAUGCUUGUGGCAUCAUUCAGAGCCCUUAAUACACUGCAGGACAAAAGAACCUGUCCGCCCCCAAUAUUGUUAGACUAAAACUUGCAACAUCCUUGGCCCAUGACCUUUCUAGCUGGGGAUCACGGGAGUUGGCAGUAUGUGUCUGAAUAUCAGUUGUUGAGAGAGUUCUCUUGUGCUCAGGUCCUGCAUGUGGGUUUCAUGUAGUCAUUGAGAGAACAGGAUGCUGGACUAGAAGGACCAUUGGCCUGAUCCAGCAGGUAAUAAUAAUAAUAAUAAUAAUAAUUUAUUUAUACCCCACCCAUCUGGCUGGGUUUCUCCAGCCACUCUGGGCAGCUUCCAAUGGAAUAUUAAAAUACAAUAACCUAUUAAACAUUAAACAGGGCUAAACAGGGCUGCCUUCAGAUGUCUUCUAAAAAUCUGGUCGUUGUUUAUUUCUUUGACAUCAGGUGGGAGGGCGUUCCACAGGGUGGGUGCCACUACCGAGAAGGCCCUCUGCCUGGUUCCCUGUAACUUGGCUUCUCUCAGUGAGGGAACCGCCAGAAGGCCCUCGGCACUGGACCUCACUUAUGUUCUUACGUUGAAAUCUGAAAUCAUCCGAAAGACCACUCGUACGAUCUGUCCUGAGCAGGACUGGUCAGGUUAAGAUGCUAAUCCUAUUAGCCUCGCCCUUGUCUGGGUCAUUGCAAACUACUGCAGCACAAGGAAAUGGCUACCCUGGCUGGAAUGGGCACUUAAUCAGAUUAAUUAACUUUUUCACUUCCCACUGCUUUUUGUACACACUGCAGUACAUUUCCUUCAGAGGAGCAUGAGAAGUUCAGCAGUACAAAAGAAAAUUACAUCAGCGGCUAUGGUUGGCAAAUAGUCGUGGGUCAGUGAGGUUGCAUGUUUGCAGGGUAAUUAAAAUCUGGAUCAGCUGGCAGGCUGAUCCAAAGUUUGAUGACUGAAGCACAACUGAUUCUGCAAUGUAUGACUGAGGGUGGGGAGAGUGGACUAGCAAGAUGAGGAAACUGAAAUCAGCUGACUGGCAUCUCCUUUAGUUUGGGGUACUUGCCAGGGAUGGUUUGUACAGUUUCUUUUUCCUUUUCUAGUUGUCGAACAAGAUACAUAGGCAACAAAUCUACGUGACUCCCACAUUUAAAAACUGCAAAGCGUGAAGCGUUUCAAGGAUUGAAACCCGAUAUAAUAAUUAAUUGUACAGAGGGCAUGCUUCAUGGGACUGAUAAGAGUUAUAGUUCAGCAGCAUCUGCAGGACCAAAUGUUCCCCACUCCUUAUUAAGGCAUGUCCAAAAACUUUGUCAGACUCUUCUUCAGGUUGGAUCAAACAUAAAUACGAAGUGGGCUGUGGCCUUCUGGGUCAAGUGCAAUGGAGUGCAUGUGUGUGUUUCUUGGGGCAUGGUAGGAAAAAACCCCUCAGAGCAUGCCAUGGCAUUGUUUCAGAAAUGUCGAAAAUGUCAUUUCAGAAUUAGAACAGAAAGUUCCCUUUCAUGACUCCAGAGAAUUUCUGCAUUGGGAUGGGAUUGUGAUACAGUAGUACCUCGGGUUAAGUACUUAAUUCGUUCCGGAGGUCCGAACUUAACCUGAAACUGUUCUUAACCUGAAGCACCACUUUAGCUAAUGGGGCCUCCUGCUGCUGCCACGCCACCGGAGCAUGAUUUCUGUUCUCAUCCUGAAGCAAAGUUCUUAACCUGAAGCACUAUUUCUGGGUUAGCGGAGUCUGUAACCUGAAGCGUAUGUAACCUGAAGCAUAUGUAACCCGAGGUACCACUGUAUAUGUGUGGAAGGGGCCCAUGCCACAAGUUUGUGUUGUCUGAGUCCCUAAACUAUGACUCUCAUCAUCUCUGACCAUUGGCCAUACUGGCUGAGUACAACAACAUCUGGAGGACCACAGAUUAGCCCAGGGUCUCCCAAACUUGGGUCUCCAGUUGUUUGUGGACUACAGCUCCCAUCACUCCUGACCAUGGGUCCUGGAAGCUAGGGAUGAUGGGAGUUGUAGUCCAAAAACAGCUGGAGACCCAGGUUUGGGAAACCCUGGGUUAGCGGGUCCAGUUUCAUAGGCUGGCUCCAGGUCUGAGGGGGUCUUGAGCAAUGUGUCCCUCUCCUCUUCUGUCAGUUGGCUGUGGUGAGCAGGAACAUUCCUGGCUGCAGUGAGAGUAUUCCAAGCAGUGUUGGGCACCUGGGUUUAGACACCAUUUGAUUUCCUGGCAACUCCUAAGAGGUUGAGUGUGUUGUGGGAAAUGGUGACUCAAUUCAGCUGCAGGAAGAGGGCAGAAUAAUGGGGCUGCACCUCCAGGAGGCCCUGGGUGCUGAUGCCACUCCUAUGCUUUCAUCAUAGCAAGACGAUUCCUGCACAUCAUGGGGAUAUUUUGAUUGACUCAGCAUUUCUGCCAUCAUUGCAUGCUUCAUACAUUACUCAGACAGCUGAACUCUGCACUCCCCAGGCUACAGUUAAAAAUGGGAACUGUCAACAGACAGCAGGGUGAGAAAACACAUAUAGACAUGGGAAGCAGCUAAAGACUGCCACGUUAUUAUUUUUCAUAGAUAAAAAAGGUGCAGAAUCGCACACGCCGGCCAGUUUCUGUUUUGACUUGAAAUGUUCAUUUUGCGCUUCUCAGAAGUACAUAAAGGCAAGAAGCAGGCAGGAGGAGCUCUGGCCUGUAAUGGCGCCCACCUGAGAGGUCCUGUGACUGCACUCCGGCACAGGUCACAACACUGUUGUGGUUCAGAGGCAUCCAAGAACACUGUGCUUAAAUUAUCCCUUUCUCACUGCUCACAAGUAAGGAGGAACAUCGGUAUGGUGCUAUCAGAGUAUGAAGCAAGAGUUCUGAACAUUUACAUUUCAGUUCACUUUCCACUGUACUUCUGAAUUUAACCAAAGUAGCUUUGAAACUUGAACAACCCCCUCACGAAGUUUCAGGACUCAGAAUACAUGCCCCACCCAGCUUAUCUUCAGGCUUCAUGAAAGGGCAGGGUGAAGAAGAAGGCUUCUCAACAGGGCCUGGGUGGGAUCCUAGAUCUCCUCCUGGUAUAACGGAAGAAUAAAAAAAGAGUGCAGUCAGGAUAGAAAGUAUUUCAUAUCUUCACUGGGAAAGGCACCUCUUAUCUAAUGGUAAGACACUAAAACAAUCAAGAGCUAUAUUUAUUUUUAACUUGGCUUGACUGAAGGCUCUGUUGCAAAGGCUAAAGGUGAUAGUUUGGAGAAAUAUUAAUCAGACACUUCUACUUAAGGUUCGAUCUCUCUUUUCCCUUUUGGUUUAUGGUUUCCACAGAAAAGAAGAGCCUGCAGCCCACCGCCAUGAAGGUCAUCAAAACACUCUUGGUCUACCGACGUUUUCUCCUCAUCUUCUUCACUCCCCUCCUGCUUCUCCCAUUGCCUCUCGUCAUCAGAACCAAAGUAAGUGAAUAAUAACUGCUGCCCUACAUCUUUAUGUUUCCAAAGCCUCACUGAAAUGUUUCAUCUUCCUCUCAGUUAUUUUUUCCCCUCAGAUUGGUCUCUUCACAAAACUCUGCUGCGCGAUACAGAUUGAAAGUGAUUUAAAAAAAUCACAGAGAAUCUUCCGCAAAGUCUUCCUGAUGUGUUCUUAGCAGAUAAAAAGGAUAGGCUGUCACCCAGGCAGUUUUAAAUAUUUUAAACAUUUCACUUCCGUACCAAACCCUGGGCACUGUCAGGAGUAUAGCUUUAGUGUGCUUUGUCAUUAUAGAUAUGUACAAGGUGUCAAGAAGAUCUAUCUUUUAAUUGCCUUUUUAAUUUGAGAGGGAGAAUCUGUGGCUAGCUUUAUGGGAGAUAUAAUUUCAGUAAUGACAGUUACUUGCUGCAGUAUUUGGAGAACUGGAACAAGAGAGGGAAUGUCAACAUUCCCAGCUGAAUGGAAUGAAAUAAUUGAUAGGAUGAUAAUCAGUUACGUUCUUGCUAUCAUUUGCUCCAUUGCUCUGCAUUAUACAUUUAAACCGGUGUCAUACCAGUUUUAAAAAUUGUGAAGGGCACAUGACAGUUGUGCUGCCAACAGAUUAAGAUCAAUGUGUGUGGCAGCUUCCACAUAGCAAGUAGUCAUGAAUCUUUUGUGUGUUUUAAUAAAGGAUCCCGUACUUGCACGUAAAUUCAGUAUUUUACAUUAAAGGCCUUCGUGUUGACUAAUCACAGAAGGCCAAAGUGAGCAGAAAUUCAUUAUUUCUUUGUCACAGGAGAAACAUGGCCUUUUAUCUUGCUGCCUCAUCAAGACAUAUGUCAGAAGUUAAUGGUGUUAAUGGGUGAAGUAUUGACUCCACAAAAGGCAAAGGCAAAACUCUCGUUGAUUUCAAUGGAUCUGCCGCCUUUCAUCUUCUUCAGAAAUGGUGCCAAUUUUGAUGUCAGUGUACUUUCACAGAGCUACUCUGCGUACAAAUACACAGAAUUGUAUCCCCCCGCCCCCCCGCCCCUCAUUUAGGGAGGAAACAAAACUCUUGUUACUAUUGUGUGGUUUCUUGUCCUCACUCAAGGACAUGUUCAAAGGAAAUAUUUCUUUUCAGAACAAAGAAUAAUAGAAUCUAUGCAGAUUCAAAGGGGAACCUAUGACAUCCAAUUGAUUCCAUCCUCUGUUGUUGCUCACACCACUUAUAGAUAGAUACAUGUCCUCCAGCAUCAGUAUGUGAUAUGUAUUUUCUGGCACUAAGACACACACCACUGGAAAGCAAUAUCACUGAUUAUUUAUUUUUAAAGGCAUGUGAUAGUUGUCCAGCAACACGCAUACUGAUCUAUACACAGACCAGCAUACCUCGAAAAUCAACACACUUCCUGCUUUGACAUGAUAAUGUACAUCUAAAUCUGUGUGAAGCAGAGAAUCCAUUUCUAUAUUUGGGGAAAACUGGUGUUGUUUCGUUGUUUGUGUCUCCAGCCACUUAUUGAAAUCAUCUGAAGUCGAAAGAAAAUAUGACUUAGGUGCUGUUAACAGGCUCCACAUAGUUGCUUCUAAAUGGCAGCCACACCAAGGCUGGAGUUAAAACGUUUGGGUCUUUUUAGGCUACCCAAAAGAUGGAAAUUGGCAGGCAUUUACGUAUAAUAUGGUGAAUGAAAAUCGGGGUUCUUAAAUGCACAGGGGAACCUACACAAGUAGCGCAAGCUCCCUGCUACAGAUGGUCAGCUCCCAAGUCAUGGAGGACAACCAGGAAUGCGACAGGAGAAAUGGGAUGGAUAUUCUAAUCCUUGCACCAUGUGAUGGAGGAACAGAGAGAGCCAGAGAGCGAGUUUCUAUUAAAGGGGCCUACCAUGAGCAGAACGCUGGCCAUUCUUGUCCAUUGGAAAGUUUCCCCCACUGUGUUUCUGAUUGUGGCAGAGCGCAGGGGAAAUGAAUGAUGAGAUUUGUAAAAUGGAUGACGUUCAAGCAAAUUCACCCUUAGCAUUACUUGUCAGUACAGCAAAGUUAUGGUUCAUAGAAUCCCAGUGUCGUUGCCUUACAACUCAACACAUGAAAGUGUGUAGCAGAUUUCAGGGCUGGUCACUGUUUGGUCACUCUCUAGAAUUAUGUGUGAAUGAUUACAAAGGAAAGGGAAUGAUUUUGAAACCUGUGAGACUCCAGCAUCUCACAGCAUGGCUAUAGCUGACUUUGACUUCACAUCUAGGACAAGAUUUGAGAUAAGUUCACAGAUGGCCUUUCUGUGUUCUCCUUUUUCUUCUUUGGCUAUGUAACUGUGUGAGAAUGUGGUUGAAUAUGAAAAGAUUUGAUGAAAUAAAUCACAAGCAAUAAAAGUUAGAGGUGAAUAAAUUUCUCUUGUUUACAGCCUUGUUGAAAUGUAGCCCUGCCUAAGAGAUGGAUAAUAUAGUUUCAGGCACAGAGAACUAACUCUGCUCAAUCAGUUAUUUUAAUGACUAAUCCUGGUGCUAAACUUCCCACCACCAUAGCAUAUGUGCAAUAUGAUCCUUUGAGGCAUCCUUCAAAUGGUGAAGAAACACUGGCUACAGAACUUUUAAUAUGUAUAUAAUGUGUCUUGGCUUUGCCUUGCUUGCAGUUGGCUUAUGACUUUAAUGAUAGCUCGAGCUGGGUAAUAAUGUCUUCUUUGUGGUUAUUACUCCAUGGCAAAAUCUAUUCCGGAUGACUCAGAACAUUAAAAAGUAGGCAGAGCUGUCCGUCCCAAGCUAUUGCUCCAUCACACUCAUGCCACACAGCUGCGGAGAAAUCAGUUUCCCAGGAUGUUAAACAGCUCUUGGAAGCCAGGUGAUGAUCGGAUUGGAAAGAUACAUCAUUAGAAAGGCGAUGAUCAGAUAGAAAAUGUUGCAAACCAUAAGGCUGCAGACCACAACCAAUUAUGAUCCCAGCUUGAAGAAGAAGCUCCCAGGUGUCUGUGGGUGUAAAUCAUGGUUUCCCAAACGUGGGUCUCCAGCUGUUUUUGGACUACAACUCCCAUCACUCCUAGCUAGCAGGACUAGUGGUUAGGGAUGAUGGGAAUUUUAGUCCAAAAACAGCUGGAGACCAAAAUUUGGGAAAGCCUGGUGUAGGAAGAAGGCCUACAUAUAAACUAGGUUUAAAUCAAUGAACUUUUGAGGUUUCCAAAGUCUGAAGUUGGAAACACGCUGUAAUCUCUUAAACUGAAGAGCAGGACUAGCCACUGUGAUGCCCUCCACAUGUUUUGACAGCAACUUCCACCAUCUCUGACCGUUAGCCAUGAGGCUGAUGGGAGCUGGAGUUUACAAUAUCAGCGGGGUACCAUGAGUGGUUGUAGUCCAGAAACAUCUGGAGGGCCACAGGUUUCACAUCCUCGUUCUAUGACUUUUCCCAAAUAGACCCUUCUUCUUCAGGAGAUCUUUGGUGAUAACAUCUCUUGGCAACAUGAAUGGUUCUACACUGACUCUGCACUACCCACCAGGCCUGUUGCUGCUUUUGCUCUUGAGGGCCAGCUGGUGAACAGCAAGAAAUAGUGGGGUCAAGGUAGAGUGCAAAUUGUGAUCAGAGAGGUUGUUGGGGGCCAGGUGAGAGGUUUAUGAGACCCGCUUAUUUGAGUUGUCAUAGGACAAGAGCAGGUUCUUUCAGGUUGCCAGUUGGGGGUUCUCUGUAGGAUUCCAUGCCUCUUCCUCUGAGGAAGUCUCCCCAAGGUCCUAGUCAGACAGGACACUGACAUUUGAGAUAUUUGUGCAAGGAUGGCCAAUGUGGUACCUUUCAGGUGUUGUUCGAAUGCUACUCUUUGUUAUCCCUAAACACUGAAAAUGCUGGUUAGGGCUGCUGGAGUUGUGAUGAAGCUGGCUACCCUUGUGUUUGUCACAAUCAAGAUUCAAGGCCAACGAAUUGGCCCAAACUGUCGUAUCUCAUCAACAAACAUACCUGUGAUGUGGAGUGUGCAUACACCUAGCAAUUUUUUUACACUAUAUAGCAAUGCAUCUCCUUUGCUUCUGCCCUGCACAUAGACUCAAGCUGCACCAGAAGUUCAAAAAGAUCUUGAGAAUGUUCCUCCAUUAUUUCUGCUGUGGUUCUGUGGACCACCGGAAGGUUCAUUAUGGAUCAUCAAUGGUCCACAGAAUUACUUUUUUAUGAUGAUCAGAGAGUUGAUGCAGGUUGCAAAUGUGAGGAAGUGAUAGACAUUCCAUGCACUCUGAUAUCGGAUGGAUCUGUUGGGCCUCUUUCCACCUGCCGCAUCAGUAAAAUAACAACUCAGAAUGUUUCACAGUCUGAAAAAUGCAGAGAAGAGCAAGAUUAAAGAUAUGGCAAGUUUUCUACACGUCAAAGCUUCUUCAAAAUAAUUUUCACUAGAUUGGAAUGAACUGAAAAGGGCACUUUUCAACCAUACAAAGAGGCAUUUUUAUUAACCUUUACUUGAGAGAGAGAGAGAUAUAACUAUAGCAGCUAUAUCUUAAUAUCAAACGUUCAUCAUUUAAAGAUGUUUACCAUCUGCAUUUUUGUUGUUGUUUUUUUCUUACUCCUCCCUUCUGCACCACUGCUUUGCAUAACAUCAAGCCUGUUGAAAGGUACUGGGAAACACAAAAGCUUGAUCAAUAUUAUAUGACAAUUAUGGUUGGUCCUAAUAAUGUUUCAGUUACUGAGGUAUGUGGAGAAAUUGAUGUGAUCUAUCUAUCUUCUUUGCCCUACAAUGCAAAUGAGGGAUUUCUCCAAUGAAAUGGAUGCAAUAGAUGGGGAAGAGAAGGAGUGAUUUGGAAUACACAGUUUGCCCCUCAAAAUAUUUCCUGUGGCAAGUCAUGGAGGCUAUACAUUCUCGAUAAGAGCACAGUGUGUCUGGGGGAGGUAAUCGCAUCCCUAAGGAGUUCUUAAGAUUGUGAUGAAUCCAGCACAGUAGGGCUUAAGCAUCCCCAGUGCUUGAGUAAAAAUAAACCCAACCUGAAAUUGUCCCUGCCAUAUAUGUGCUGGCUGGAUGUUUUGUCUGAAACUUCUGUUGAGCAAUCAAAUGGGGAAACAGUGUGCAAUGAUUAUGUGUCAGCAGCACAGCAAGUUGGCUGAAAUAGCGUGGCUUUUUAUUCCUCCUCUUGAAAGCUGCUCUGCCACGGUGCAACUCAGACCCUUCUUACAUGAUCUUGAGAGAGCCAGUGUGGUGUAGUGGUUAAGAGCGGUAGUCUCAUAAUCUGGUGAACCGGGUCCGCAUCUCCGCUCCUCCACAUGCAGCUGCUGGGUGACCUUGGGCUAGUCACACUUCUCUGAAGUCUCUCAGCCUCGCUCACCUCACAGAGUGUUUGUUGUGGGGGAGGAAGGGAAAGGAGAAUGUUAGCUGCUUUGAGACUCCUUAGGGUAGUGAUAAAGUGGGAUAUCGAAUCCAAACUCCUCCUCCUCCUCCUCCUCCUCCUCCUCCUCCUCCUCCUCUUCUUCGUAGCCUGAGGGCUCCUUCCCAAGCUUCUUCCUGCUGCAUUGCUUGGGUAGCAAUAGUCUCAGACCACACAGCCACACAAUAAAAUGCUGCUGUUUAGGGGUGGGAAAUGAUGUUCAUUCCCUUCUGGGUAACCUUCCCAGGGCCACAUCCCUGUGGUGGGCAGAGUCAGAAGCCCAGGAUAUGUCCCUAUUUUCACCAGAGAAAUGUUGGAGGGUAUGGAACAAGGAAUGUAAUUUUGCCUUAUAAUCGGCUAGUUUCUACACAAACUUACACACCAUUUCCUCCAACUAGGCAAGCAAGAGCCAUGACCCAAGUCCAAGGGCCCAUUCCAGCCCGACAAAUAACGCUUUGCAUUAUUUGUGAAGAGUGUGGCCUGGAAAGAGUGCUGAGGGCUAGGUAGAGAGGCCCUUGGACCACGGCAACCAAAGGCUUAUCUCUUUACUCUCCUGCCACAAAUGGAAUGAAAAUCUGCCCACCACGUGUGGACUGAAGCCUGAGGGAAACGUUCCUAGAGGGUGUCACCAAACUCCCCACACAUAAGGAACUCAGAUGGGCUUCUGUGUACAGUGGCAAGCUUUCAAAUUUCAGUGGCCCCCUGUACGAUGCCAAAAUUUGGUGCCUUCCCCACCUCUUGUCUUCCAUUCUAAGUCAUUGUUGUGGGGAAUUUCCUUUCUGGGUGAAGAGUGAAGAAAUAAGUGUUUACAGUGGAAUCACCUUCCCCCAUGCCUGUUAUUUAAUCAACCAAAACUUAACUAAACACUGCACGUUAAGCACAGCGUGAUAUGUAGUUUGGCCAAGACUCAAUUUCAGUCAAUAAAUAUCUUGACUUCCUUUUCUUUCCUUUUCUUUUUUUGAAAGCCUUGGCCUGUAACAAUCCACCUUCCCAGAUUCUGCCCCCCCGCCCGCCCCGGCAGAUGAUCAAAAUCAAUUUUGCAUUUAACUCUGUGUUGGCUUCUGCAUUUCAUUUAAAUAUCUUGAGGCAAAAUGUGGGGAAAUGUCCCGCUAAUUCAGACAUGGCUAUGACAGUCUGUAUGGUUGUCCUCCACACCCCACCUUAAAUAAACGAGUACAGAUGGUUCAGGAUCAGUAACUUUCAUAUUGAUGUGCUGAUUUGGUAUUAAUGAAAUAUAUAUGUUAAUGGAAAACUCAUACCUGGCACAGAUUUUUCUACGUUUGUGUGUUUGGCAUGGAUGUGGCUUUCACCAGAUGAAAUUCUGAGCAUGGGAACAUCAAGUUCCAAUGUCCCUGAAUCUCAGUAGAAAAUUCCUAUUCUAAAGGGCUGUCAUCAGAGGGAAAGGAGGAAAUAAUUAUUUUUCCAGCUGUAUCAGCUGCACCAGAAACUGGACUGGAAACAUACCCUCCAACAUUUUUCUGAUGAAAAGAGGGACAUCCCAAAAUUUCUCUGAUGAGAAUAGGGAUGUCCUAACAUCUUUUCAUAUCAUUUUAAAGUUAAAUGUAGAUGUCUCAUUUUGGGUGAAAAUAUUGCUAAUUCAAAAUAAGGCUACGCAUGAGUGUAUUCACAAAAUAUUGUGACAUUCACCCACCAGUGGAAUCGCCAGUCUCCUCACAGAGAAACGAUCCCUGCUAUUAUUGUUCUGAGGUAUUCAGGUAGGUGGCAGGUGUUGUGUUUCCCACCAUGUUCCUCCAGAGGAAUCUGAAGUAACAUUUUUUUGGCCAUAAAAGUUGGGUGGAAGGAGAGUGGAAAUGGAAAUAUAGCUUUUGACAAAGCGCCAAGACUCUUAGGACAAAGCACAGUCUUCCACCUCACGGGAGGGCAACAAAGGAAUCCACUUUAUUCCGUUGCUCUAUCUAGCUCACUAUUGUCUACUCUGAUUUCAAGCAGAGGUCUUUUGCUACCUGGUCCUUUUAACUGGCGGUGUCCACCAUCGAAACCGGAACCUUAUUCAUUCAAAGCACCCUGCUCUUUCAUUGAGAUGCAGCCCCUUUGCAACGCAGUGCCUCCCCUCAAAUGUCUGUUCCAUUGACAGUUUGUGGAAAACAACGAAUAAAUAAAUAAAACAUAAUAUUUAGAAUUUGAGAGCAAAUGGCCAUGGCAGAUAGCUAUUAUUUCGUUCUUCAGGUGAUCCUUCUUGGAACAUGACUCAAGGAACAGAAAUUUCUGCUAUAUCAGCAACAUUGUGAAUGUGACUUGGGAAAUCGCUGGAUUCUAGUUGAAGAGGAGAGUCUCCCCAUUAUAUCUUAUCGUCCUUUCCAGUCAGGGGUUAUAAUGUUUUCUGUCUGAUUGCUCAUGUUGUACUACAGAAAUCUGAAUCUGAUUUUCUUUCAUUCUAUUUUCUCUUUUCAAUUCUAGGAAGCAGAAUGUGCCUACACGUUAUUUGUGGUGGCCAUCUUUUGGCUCACAGAAGCAUUACCCCUGGCUGUUUCAGCAUUACUUCCUGCUUUAAUGUUCCCAUUGUUCGGAAUUAUGGCUUCCAAACAGGUAAAUUUCCUUUUGUUGUUGUUGUUGUUGUUGUUGUUGUUGUUGUUCCUCCUCCUCCUCCUUUCCUUUCCCUUCCACUACCCCAACUGCCCAUAUAUUUGAUAGCCCAAAAAUCAAACCUUUUGAUUGCUUUAUUUGCUUUCUUUAACGGUGAAUUUAUACAAAUCCUAAUGCCUCAAGGCCUUGGACACACUCAAAGCAUUCCUACUGAGCCCAUUCUGGUGGGCUGGGGAGACUGGUGCUGUCUAGAAGUACAGCAAGGGAAUCACAACCACUAUGCCUCUUGCUACCACUUCGAAACACAGGAGACAGCAGUGAUGAAACCUGCAACUUGAUUUCACAUCCCAUUUGCCCCUGAAACCCGAUACAAUCUGGGCCAAAAGUUCAGCUUUUCCAACUUUCUUCCAAGCACUGGCUACCACUCUCUUUAUGGAAACGGCCCGCUCCUUUGCAGAACCCUUUCUGCACUGGAGAAACUGGUUUCAUUCCCCUCUCAUUCUUCUGAGUUUCUUAUGGCCCAUCACCAGACUGGCUCCCAACUCCCAUGCCUUCCACCAACUCCCAUUAGGCCCAUCCAAGGCCAGCUGUUGCACCAGAUUUGGAGACAUCUUGACUGGGCAAAGCUGGAGAAUACGGAGAGGUGGGUGAACUCCAUAUUUUGGGUUUGCUGCUGGGACAGAGAGAUGGUGCUAGAAUUCAGGUGUUCCUCAGCAUGGUGCUGUCAAUGCCCGCCCCCCUUGAAACACACCCCAUAUUUAAUUUUAGUUUAAUUUUAUUCCUCUAGUAACAGCAACUUCUGGUUUCAAGAGCAAUCGUGAAGAUUGAAGUCCCUGUUGUUUCUCUUUAUACAUCUAGGUGGCUUCAUUUGUUUCGAUUUUCCUCCACAAAUUGUACAGCUCAUUAUUUUCCUGAGAUGGAAUCAUGGUAGCUAAAUAGCGCACAUUUAGCUAAACAAAAUGAAUUUUGCUUUUAGGUGGCAUCGGCUUAUUUCAAAGAUUUUCAUCUGCUGUUAACGGGAGUGAUUUGUUUGGCAACGUCAAUAGAGAAAUGGAAUUUGCACAAGAGAAUUGCCUUGAAAAUGGUGAUGCUGGUGGGUGUUAACCCUGCAUGGUAUGUAGCAUACUGACAAAAGAAACUGAUAUACUGAAAACCCCUUUGGCUCUGUUGUGCAAGUACUGUAGACUUGCCAGCUCUUUUCUUCACCUGUCCUUUAUAAAACUGCACAAUAAGAAGAAAUUCCACAGAUGCGACUCUCCCCAGCACUGUAGCUCCAUGGCAAUAAUAGAAGCUUCACCUGUUGGAAUUUUCAGUAUUAUGUAAUUGUGAUUGGAGCACAACAAUUCAAGUAGCAACUUUUGGGCAGGUUGGGCGGGUUUGUGUGCAAAGUAUCACAAAGUAUAUGGUGUGUGUGUGGGAGGAGUAGAGGGGCUGUUUCCCCAGGUGCAAAAUUUUGGGUGUGUGUGCAAAAUUUCAAAAGAAAAAUAAACUGCUUUGAGGGUGUGUUUUUUAAACCAAUCAAGCAGUGUAAAAAUUUCAUGAACUAAACAAUAACAAUAAAAUAAAUGGCCACCACUGGUCUCCCAUCCCCAGCUUUUCUCUCACUGCUGGGAAGACCCUUCCCCACCUCCAUCACUGCAGCCCGGCCCUGACAGGAACCACAGGAACCCUAACCCUUGCCCCAGGCACUGGCAACCCAUGCUACACCACUGCCAUUUACAAGCCAUAAUUACAGUUCUAUUUGGCUGCUAAAGAGAUUUGCUAAGGCCAGCCUUUUGUCAAAAUUGAAUUAUACAUAUCGUUGGGAUGAGAAGACGAGUUUUACACGAAACACUUCUGUUAUUGGCAAUAGUGGCGCACGGCUCAGAACAAAAUAGCAGAUGAAUUUGUGAACAGCUCUGACUCAUACUUCUUAAUGACUGGUAUUAAGCAACUGAGAGAUCUUUCAUACAUUAUCUCAUCGUUAGUAUUCCAUCCAAAGCUGAGGUAGUGCUAAGCAGUUUUAUUGCAGACAGAUAGGAAGACUCUGCCCACCCCCUCCACCCCCCAAAAUAUUGCUGACAGCUGUUACAAACGAGAAGACAGGAGAAAUGAAAUAUCAUGUUGUGCUCCUUUUUAUUGUUCAUAAGGGGUCAGGUAGCCCCUGUCAAUCCAAUCAGCAAGACCAAAAGCAGUUUGCCAGCAUUGCAGGCUUUCUGGUUCUUGAAUUGUCAGAUGCUGCUGUGAUAGGGAAGCAAGGAGUUGUCAGUUUCUCACUUGAUGGUGGUAAAUUAGCACAGUUAGGGAAAGCAGAAUGGGUGAAGUGGGAAACCUCAGUGAACCUUGGAGACCCCGAGGACCAUGCUUGUGUGUACAUCCCUGCCUGCGAGACUGAUCACAGUUUUGGUUUGGAGUAUCAUUAUUUCUUCACCUAAUAAGAUCUCUUCAUGACCGUAAGGCGCCAAAGAGCUAAACCUGGCCAUUAGGAAUAACUAGAAAGCUAAGAUAGGAGAUGAGAAAGAGAUGAUGAAGCCAUCCAUUUCGUAAAUAUGGAAUCCACAAAUAUAUCUUACCUAAGCUCUUCAUCGAUAAUCUGGCUGGUUUCACAAAAUGCAGGGAGGUCAGAGGAAAGCCAGAGAAAAGCUCAGCACAUGAACAGAUCAAGGCUGAUUUCACAGUGUGUGUGUGUUUUCUAAGCCCACAGCAAGAUGUCAACAGUGCUGUGAGGAGGGUGUAGACUGUUGCUCCAGAUUUUGUCUCUGCAAUUGAACGUGCCCAUCAAAUGAUGAGUGGAUUACCUUGGUUCCAGACUGCUCUCUUAUGGAUUUUCUCAUUCUUUCCUCUGAUUUAACACGGGCAUUUUCUAAAAUUAAUUCUGGAACGGGUAUAGUUUGCUGAAGCUUUAUUUUAUUUUCAUUUGUUCCCAUCGCUUUUCCAUCUUUCUUACUGAUCUGUGCAAGCAAUCCAAUGUUUUAGCAAUAUGCACAAGCUGUGGGUGGGGUGAGAAUUAAGAAGAUUAAAGAACUAACAGAAAGAAAUUAAAACUGUGGCAGGCUAAGCAUUUGCAGUGGCCUCUAUGGAGCCUGAAAAUAAAAAUAGAAGAUGGCAGCUUCCUUGGGCAUUGGUGUGGCUUGCAAACUAGACCAGAUGAUUCAGAAACCAGAAAGAAAUUUGGAUGGGAAGAAUUUUGUAAGCAUGCCUGCCUGCCACCCAGUGGUCACCUGGCCUCCUGUAAUAAUAUAUUGUACUUUAAUAUGCAAACACUGUUUUUGUUUUUAAAAAACAAGAACAGCAAAAUAAUUAUCCUUAUUACUACUUCAUCAGGCAGGCCACUGUUGCCACUUGGUUUAAAAGGGAAAAUGAAGACUGAGAAUGUUUGUUAUCUUCACCGCUUGCAAAGCCACCUGUGUCGCAGAUAGAAGUUUAGCAGGUGAAGCUUUUCCUGAAAUGGUGGUGCAGUUAGUUUCACUUGGUGACAUUCUCCUAUGACACAAUUUUAAGAAUAGGUAAAGGUAAAGGGACCCCUGACUGUUAGGUUUAGUCGCGGACGACUCUGGGGUUGUGGCGCUCAUCUCGCUUUACUGGCAGUGCAUGGAAACGCCGUUUACCUUCCCACCGGAGCGGUACCUAUUUAUCUACUUGCACUUUGUGCUUUUGAACUGCUAGGUUGGCAGGAGCUGGGACAGAGCGACGCAGGGGAUUCGAACCGCUGACCUUCUGAUCGGCAAGCCCUAGGCUCUGUGGUUUAACCCACAGCGCCACCCGCGUCCCUUAAUGUUAAGAGUACUGGAACCCUAAAAUAAGCAACGGUACUCAAGAGUUGCCUCAGACUUGAACCAAGAAGCAAGUCAAACAGCAAUUCCAUUAAUUUAACAUCUGCAUGAUGUUUAAUGGCAUGCAAAAUAUGCAAUGCUGAAGUUAAAUAGGCUGGUGGCUCCAUGUAAAUUCCUCCUACAGAUAAUUUUUGACCUUCCAAAAGUACCCUUUGAGCUGGGUGUUAUCCCAGUUGCACUGAAACAGCAAUAUUAUCUUGACAGAUAAUAUGUCAAGUUAAGAUAAGAAAGUGUUUUCUAUCACUUUCUGAGAUGAUUGUUUUUCGCUCUUUAUAGCUGCUGUCCCAAACCUGGUGCUCUUCCUGUUAUGGGGCUCCAACUCUCAUAAUUCUAAACCAUUGUUUAUGCUGGCUGCUGAACAUCGGUUUUUAUUGCCCAGCAAUAUCGCAGGCAGAAGAAGGCUGCUGUGUCUGUCCAGUCGGGUUAUGUCAUUUCAUUUCAUGUCAUAGUGUCAUUAAAGCAGCAAGUAACCUGAGAUGUGCACCCAGAAAAUUCCCUGCAGAGUCACAUCAUAAUGGCAUGUGAUCCAAGAGGGCAGCCUCCUUCUCAUUUGUGAAAUAGCAAGAGAUUUUGAGGAGAAUAUCUCAGAUCAUGUAGGUGUCUUAUCCAUUUCCGCUCAGAAUUUACAUCCAGCUUACCGGGGCCAACAAUACGGAAACCUUUCCUAGUGAUAAAUGAAGCCAUCUGCAUGGAUGUAAAAUGGUCGUAGGCAGAGUAGAUGAGGGGAAACUGAGGUGGAAUCGUCUUUUGAAAUCCACUUUAGAACAAGGAUCAUCAGUCAGUUUUCAAACCGCAAAUCUAUUGGGAAUAAUUUUACACUCUGGGUACAUAAUGAUCAUUUGAAUGCUGGUUUAUAAAUUGUUUGCUAUCAAAAAGAGAUUGCAAUAAAGCAGUUCCUUUAUUUCCCCUUCUUCUUUUCUGAAGAAUUCUUUUUCUUCUCUGCAGGCAGUUUCUGUCCCUCCCCCUCCCCACCUUUUAAAAAAAUAAAUCAGUUUACAGUGGUACCUCUGGUUACGUACUUAAUUCGUUCCCGAGGUCCAUUCUUAACCUGAAACUGUUCUUAACCUGAAGCACCACUUUAGCUAAUGGGGCCUCCCGCUGUCACUGCACCGCCGCCACGCAAUUUCUGUUCUCAUCCUGAAGCAAAGUUCUUAACCCAAGGUACUAUUUGUGGGUUAGCGGAGUCGUAACCUGAAGCGUAUGUAACCUGAGGUACCACUGUAUUAGAAUCUCCCAUUCCACUACAGGACUGGCUAGCCAACAAGCACAUUCAUAUAUUCAGUGAGGUUCCCGGUUCCUGUUCAAGGCCCUGGCCCCUAAAGGUCACUGGGGUCACUCUCCCACAGAGGCCAGACUGCUUCUAACCUCCCCACAAAUGCCCUUCUACCAUCAUCUAUUGAAUUGCAGAGACAAGCAGGACUCUGCUUUCAAAAAGCCCAAACUAGCAUAUGCAAUGAGAAAUGGCUUCCUAGAAUCCCCCAUUUUAUGUAUAUAGUGGGAAGAACACAGAACAAGGCAUUGUUGCAUGUAAAAUAAUAAAUAAUGCUUCUAUUUAGCACCUUUACCCACAGAUGCAGAGCAUGCAGGUGUAGUUGAACUACAGCUCCCAUCAUUCCUCAUCUUUGGCCAUUCUGGAUGGGGCUGAUGGGAGUUGGAGUCCAGGAACACUUGGCGGGCCAUGGGUUCCCCAUCCCUGACAAAACACACUGACUUCCCUCUUCAGCAGUUAUCCUGACCCACCAGUCUUUUCUCCUCUCUCCUUCCUAUCCACUCACUCCUCUCUUUAUGCAAAGUCUGGGGAGCCAGUGUGGUGUAGUGGUUAAGAGCAGUAGUCUCGUAAUCUGGGGAGCCGGGUUCGCGUCUCCGCUCCUCCACAUGCAGCUGCUGGGUGACCUUGGGCCAGUCACACUUCUCUGAAGUCUCUCAGCCCCACUCACCUCACAGAGUGUUUGUUGUGGGGGAGGAAGGGAAAGGAGAUUGUUAGCCGCUUUGAGACUCCUUAGGGUAGUGAUAAAGUGGGAUAUCAAAUCCAAACUCCUCCUCUUCGACUGUCAUUCUCAGAUGGCUUUCUCCAUCUCUUACUCACCCUGACUCCACUCAGCAUCUCAGCAUCACAUUCCACUGCUGUAAAUCAUCCCUGCCUUCAUUCUUUUGUUACAUACACACAGCAGUAGUGUAUUUCUCCCCCUCAAAAGAGAGGGGGAGGAGAAGUACGGAAUUUGCCUUCUUGCGAGAUGUUUACAUCCUCUAUCCUUGCUUACGAAAUCCGGUCAUAUCCAGAUACCUUCUAGAAUUUGCAAAGUUGCCUUUGCCUAGUUUUAGAAAUUACAAAUCCCAGAAGGGAGUGGAUUUCAUAACCUUAUUCCGAAAGUGGAAGAAGCAUGGACAGGUGAUCUGCCAAUUUCAGCUCCUUUGUGUUUCUCACUUUUCAAAUCUUAAGUUCAGUUUACACGAUGAGUUUGUAUUAUAUUUAAAGUAUGGCUUUUUGUAUGCCCCCAUACAUACUUUUUUGUAUGCAAUUUUGCCUAAUUCCUGCAUUUUUGCCAUUUCCCCUGAUAAUAUAAAUUUUUACUUAUUAAUAAUAUACCCGGCUUUUCACGUCAUUUAGGUCUCUAAGUGGCUUUUAAAAUUUAUUUUUGCUAAAAAACAAAGAAGUAUGAAUUUUUUGGUUGGAUAAAUACAUCAUCUGGAGAAGCGAAUGGGUUGGAUUUCUCCCCCGUUCCUGGAAGAAGCAAGGAUGUUGCCUCUGGCAAGAUUUUGCUAAACUGGCAAAAGGCUGAGAGCUCUGUUCCAGACCAAAGUUUUUGUAGGAGGAUUGAAAGUGCCUCAAAUUUAUUUGCAGGACAUUUUGACCAUCACAUUCAGAACUUCAGAAUUACCGUUAAUAGUCUAUGUUUAGUCUGACCUUAAAAUAAAUAAACUGGUUCAAUUGGGCUCAUCUAGAGCCUUUUGCAAUAAUGACUAUCAUCCAUUUAAUAAGAGGUAGGCAUAAUAGGCAGAAAUUAUCCAGAACUGAAAUGUAACCUGAUCACAAUUUGGUGCCCCUAUAAUGUAGGAGCAAGCAGCUUUAUUUCAGAGGAGGUGAGAUUUCAUCAGCCAGGAUGUGGGUCGUGCCACCCAAAUAACUUGUAAAGUCAUUUUGCAUUUUUCAAGGAGCCUGCCCUUACCUGAAGUAAUCAUUAACAUUUAUGCAGUGCUUUCCAUCCACACCGAUUCCAAAGGUCUCUGCAAUCUUUGUAAAAAUUAUCCAUUCUGGGACCACUUGUUACGAAGUAAAAAUGGUGUAGGUGAUGCAUGUAGUCGUUUCUUACGUAGACAAGGUGGUGCUUUCACAAGUUAAAGUUUGACCAAAUCAUUUUUCACCAUCUCCAGCACUGUGCUGUGGGAGCAACUUCAACGAAGUAUGCAAGGUUACCAAGUUGGCAGCGUCAAAGAAAUGAGUAUCCCAUUUGGAAUGAUUUGGGGCACAUGGCAGCAGAACAGAAUUGGCAGUGAAAUCUUGGUGAGGAACUAGGAUACUAAUCUAUCCAGAAGACCUAAUAGCAUUGCUGAAGAUAGCUGAUCCCUUUAAUAUCCACUUGAGUCUCUCCUGGUAUGUUCACCCCCUAGAUAAUAAGGUGGAGAGCCUCCUCUUUGGUGGCCCCAUGGUGAUGGAAUUCUCUUCCACUGGACCAGUGUGAAAUUUCUACAUUGCAGAUUUUUCAGCUGGCCCUGAAGACCUUCCCCACACCCCUUCCAAGAUUGAUGUUUAUUAGAUGGGUACCGGUCUGAGUUUUGCUGUUUCCAUGUGUGUGUGUGUGGAGUGAUUGUUUAAAGUUUUAAAAUGAUGCUCAUUUUCUUUUGUUGUUUUGGAAGUUUGCCCAGAGAAGCAGCCAAAAAAUAAAAUAGAAAUGGCUGGAGAAUCUUUCCAGAAAAGGCUUGCUUGGAUGGGGGUGCAAGGAGGAGAGAAGCUGAAGCAGCAGAGAGCAGGCAGGAGGAAAACAAAAUAGAAAGAGAAAUUUAUACUGGGCUACAACAACCAUAAGUCCUAGUCAUUGGUUAGGGGUCAUGGAACUCCAACAUCUUAUGAAGGCUACAGAUUCCCUACCCUAUUACACAGCAAGAACAUGGAGUCAGUGAAAAUAUGGUGACUUAUAGUUCCAAGUUGCACCUGUGGAGUGACUAUUGCAAAGGAAUGAAUCAGGGCACUGGUUUGGGGAGUAAAGUAGAUCCCCAUUUAGCAUUGUACAGCUGUCACACAUACAAUUGGAAACUGAGAGUGCAGGUUCCAUGCAACUGUUUUUCAGUGUCUACCUGUGUGGAGAUAAACUGUUGGUUAGGUAAGAAAACAUCAGCUUACCUGGAAGGACUUUGAGCCAGCAAACUAAUUGGGAAUCUGAUGAACUGAACUAAUUUAGGAUGUUCUAAUGAGACUUGUCCAAGCAGCCAUGCAUUUUGCACAUCAUAAAUCAUGAAGACACAGCCCUGGUCCCAGAGUGUCAAAAUAUACGAGAGGAUUCCAUUGUACAACCUGCUGUCCUUCAAAAAGGCUUUUUCACAGCAAAAAACAAACCAUCAAUUGGUGAAACUACAAUUUUUGUAAAUUUUCAUAAUUCGUUUUAAUUAUUGCCUUUACCAGAAUGUAUUCCAUAACUAUGCAGUUAGUUGGGGUGUGAUCUAGGGCAUUUUUACCAGAGAAAGUUUACAAGGCCGUUUUUUGUUAUUGUCUGAAUAGAUUGAACCAUCUCUCCUAAAGAUGAGCUCCAUGGCCUGGUCCUUUGAGGUCUUGUCAUCCAUUUUCUUUGUAACGGUGCCUCUCUGCACAUGUUACUAAGCUAAAACUCCCAACAGCCAAUGGCUAAGGAAGAUACGAGUUGCAGUUCAGUAACAUCUGAAGGGCCAAAGGUUCUCUACACCUUCCCUACAUCUUAUUAUGUUGUUCCUCCCUUUGUUGAUUUUAAUUGGAUGGGUGCAUAAUCUCUGGUUCCUGAGUAAGGAAAGGCAAAGAAGGUUAUUCUGGAGCUUGACCAUGUGAGCAUAGGGAAGGGUUGUAGCUCAGUGAGAAGCACAUGAUGCGGAAGGUCCCGGUUUCAGGAAAAUACUCUGUCUGAAACCCUAGAGAGCCAAUACUAGCUACUAUAAACACAAGACUUAGAUGGAGCAGUGGUCUGACUUGAGAUAAAAUAGUUGUCUCUAACGUUCCCUUACAAGACUCCUAUGACACUGGAGUGGCUGAAAAUGCUGUGUUAACACAUGUAUGUUGCAAGGAACUUGAUAACCCUGCCUCAUUCAUCUGCCUUUUGUGUGUGUGUGUGUGUGUCACAGCAACUGGUCGGCCUGGAGUAUAUUAUUUAUCCCUGAAUCAACUUUCAGCUCAGUAUAGCCUGUUGACUAAAGUAAGUAGCACAGGUGUGCUGUGUCUGGAUUUAUUUUCCAGGAAUUAUUUAUUUGUGUAUGUAUUUUUACACCACCUUGCAUAUAGCAUCCCAAGGGAAUGCACAUCAGAUGAGAGUUGGGGAUAUUUUAAAAGAGUUAAAACAUUUAAACAGUAAUAACUUUUUCAAAAAAUAAUAAUAAUACAGCAGCAAUCUGGGGCAAAUUAACAUUAAUCAGGGACUAAGCAUCAGUGGAAGCCUGAGAACGCAGGUAAAUCUUUGAAAGGCACCAAAACACCAGCCGUGGUUGGCACAUGUCUGAGCUCAAGUGGUUCCACAUUAUGGAAAACUUCAUUUAGUAGCAAAUCAGAAAGCAUGGUAACUCUUUCAUGAAGAUGAUGAUGACAACUCAGUUUCAUUUUGAUGGCAAAGAACCAUUCCUUUGUUUUAAGCUGAGGGCUGAUUGUAGAGAAAUACAUGGAGGUGCUUCUCAUUUCAGGCUCACCCUUGGCUUCAUGAUCAGCUGUGCCUUCCUGUCUAUGUGGCUUAGCAACACCUCCGCUGCUGCUAUGGUGAUGCCCAUCGUAGAGGCAGUGGCUCAGCAAAUCAUCAGUGCUGAAGCUGAAGUGGAUGGCCUGGAAAUGACUCACGCAAAUGGAGCCACCAAUCACGCGUUGGAACUCGAUGGUACGCAGGGAUGUUGGACGUUUCCCACCUUUACCUUCCCUGGGGAAAGACCAGAUAAACCGAAGCCCUCAUAUUCAACUUUUCACCUCUCUCCCUCUCCCUCUCUCUUUUAAAAUAGAAGAUAUUGAUGAAUGCAAAGCAGUUGGCUGGAAAGAGAAAACAAAGCAAAUUAAUGGGUAAAAUUUAUUUUUGAUCACGUAUAUUACAUCAGUUUGCUCAAGCACAGCAGAUCACUUAUAAACACUGCAUGCUUCUUUUUUCCAGAUACAGCAACGGGUCUGCUCAUGCAGUUCACACUGUGUGCAAGAUUGAGAAGGAAAAGGUACUUCAUAAGCAAUCGUGGCAUUUUAAUUUUGAAAUUAUGGUUUGAUAUCAGCCUAGUAAGUCAGGGUCACUAAUUUCUCUAGGUCCAUUGACACAUUUGGAUUUUUGAGAGAGUGCUGUGGGCACCACCCUCCCUGGUCACUUCUUUCAGCUCCAAUAAAAUUAAUUUGAGCCUUGAAAAACACAUAAAGCUGAAAGAGGAAACAAGAAAGAGUGCUACUCUUCCUUCCAAUGUUUGGGUUGCAGCAACUGGUUCAGGUCAUUCUCUUUAGAAGGAUGAGCUGAAGAAAAGUCCCUGUAGAGAUCCAUUUCAGACUGAGCAGCCAACAUAUUAUAUUGUUGUUUACCCUUUUGGCCCACUCAGAUGCAUAACUUGUUUUAAUUACUCCGGCUGAGUUCCUCAUUCUUUUGUUUUUAUAUAUAUAUUUUUACGUCCUGUGUCUGUGUCGGGCUGCCAGAUGAUUUUAAACAAUGAUCUCUUGCAAGAGGGAAUCAGAGUCUCAUAGAAGACUGUGGCAACUUUUCAAAACAUAGCGUAAUGGGUGCCCCUUAUUACAGUCUCCACUGCUGCAAAAUGUUCCUUAGUUAUAAAAUCCUGAUUAGACAUCUCCCUUUUUAUGUAGUUGAAUUCCAACUAUGAGAAAUGUUUUACUGGCUUUCCAAAUAACUAAAAAAUAAUAAUAAUGUAGGUGGUCUUGUUGGUCCACUGGACAAAAAACCCCAAAGUCUACACAUUUAUUAUUUCUUUAUUAAAAUUAUUAGUAUCCUGCCUUUCGGGUAAUCUGUAAUAUGGUAUAAUACAAAAUUGUGAGUGAGCUUUUGAAGUCUCCAAAUUAAAGAAAAGGAUGCAGCUAGCCAUGUUGAUGAAAUCCAAAAUCUACAGGGUGGUGAUUAGGGACAAACAAAAUGCCAAUAAGUCAGGAACAAAUGUUAGAACUUGCUCAUGACUUUGUGACUUUUCAGUUGGUCCUAAAAAGGCGCAGUCAUACUAUAGGUUUUGUUGGGUUUGACAGGUUUCUUGAGCCCUGCCUGCUGCCCUUGUAUCUCUAGCUGUUAAUCCAUCCUGCUAAUGGUUCCUGCUGCAAUAUUCUCCACUGGUUUCUGCGUCCAUGUUCUUCCUUGUCUUAUGGGAAUAUUGCCUUAAACUGAGCCAGAACCUAAGUCCAUCUAGCUCAAUAUUGUCCACACUGACUGAAAGCAGCUCUCCCGCCCUUCCUGGAGUUUCUGGGGGUAGAAUCUGCGAUCUUCUGCACGCCAAACCAAUUCCCUCCCACUGAGAUCCUUCCCCUAGAUCUUCCUCUUUGGACUCAGUUCACCCCUGGCCCUAGUCUUACUGUGAAGUUGCUGGCAAGUCUUGGAACAAGAAUUGUGGUGCAAUUUGUAACUCUGCUUUGUAAUGAUUACUCGUGAAUUCUUAUCUCAAGACUCGGAUCAGCUUCAUUAACCCCUGGCUCUAAGCCAUCCCCCUGUAACUGGAGUCUUUAAAGUGCAUCAUGGAUGAAAAAGCCGUUCCCUGACACGUUUCAGUAAACGGACAUGACAGGGAAAGAGAAAUACACUAAACCCAACUAAUUAUAUGAAUUCAUUCUCAGAAAUCCAUGUUUGGUUGAAGUUCUUAGCCUGGGGGCUCCUCCACACUUUUCACUGGGCCCAUAUUUUGAUUGUCUUGUGCCCUGAUUAAUUCCCCCUGGCCUGAGAGCUUUUCUCGUUGUUGCGCUUUGCAAAAAUCUUACCUGCCGAAUUGAAGCUCAGCGAAGGAAAAUCCUUCCCUGAAUUCUCUGCACAUCUGAUAAGUUCUGGUUCGGUGGGAUUUUCACAAGGCACAGCUGUGGAACGACGAGAAAACCUCUUGGACCCAGAUGAAUUAAUCGGCACACAAUGUGAUCAAAAUGCGGAUCAAAGAAAAGUAUGCAUGAGCCCUGGGAAUUAGUAGUUGAAGUCUGGGGAUGAUGGUCUUAAAAUGGUGUGUCCACACAUUUUCCUCCCUCUCUUUUCCUCCCUGCACUCCAGGCUGCUGGGACCAAAAGUACAGCAUCCACGAGUGCCUACCUAAGAGAUCAAUGAUUUUUUUUUCUUUUAAAUGUACAUGUCUGUCGCCAUUUUGCUACAACCAAACCUGUCCCACCACCUGCAAACACGACUCUCUUCUCUUUCUAUUUACCAGUAUUCUGGCAUGAAAAACCUGUACAUCAGACAGACUUUUUAACAGACCUUAACAAAUAUUUGAUCCCUUUGAGAUGCUCCAUAAUUCAGUCCCCAUAUGAGAUCGUUCAAUUCAAACAAAAAUGGGGUAGAAUGGGUUGGAUAUCAAUAUGAGACCCCAAAGCUCAGAGCCAAGAGAGAUGUUGAGCUACAGUGAGCUAAAUUUGCCUCAAGAACUUCCAAUUACCAUGCAUGUAUUUGAGUUGUCUUAUUUUGAGUGAUGUAGUUAUUAUUUUUGAAUGCAUCACCGAGCAUUUGAGAUGCGGCAGAGGUAUGUCAAUGCUUCACUGAUAAAAAGUAUGUUUCAAGGUUUUUUUAAAAAAAGGAUAUCCCCUCCUCCUACAGGUCAAGUAAGUUGGACCUGUUCUCAUGAGGUCUAUAGGGUGGUGGGGAAGCCAUUUCACUGUGACUUCCAGCUACAUGGGUUCAUAAUAAGGCCAUCUUGAGGAGUUACAGGCAUGCGUAGGAUGCAGCCCUGGCAUGCCACCACUACACCCAAGCCAAAUCCUGCACAUAAUGGCAGAUGCUCAUGGUGACAGCCUCACACCACUCAGAGAGGGAAGAAUAAGCCUUCUAUGGUGAAUACUUUUUCCAUGCUGAAUGCAGAUUUUCAUUCCCUGUGAGCGUUUUCCCACUACCUGUGCUGGAGCCCACCACAGUGAGACUGUUCUUACAGAUGAAGAAUAAUUUUAUAAAAUGGCACGGUUUAGAAACUCUCACUCUCUCCUAGUUCAAUAAUCCCCAAGGCAUUCUGAGCCAAGCCCCCUUCCAUCUUGCCUCUGCUCAUUAUGGCUCAGUGUCAGCAUCUUCCAUCUGCCUCUUCCCCUUCUUCUGUCCUCUCUCAUGUUUUCACAAACUUACCAAGUCGCGAAUAUGGAGGAGGGGAAAGAGCAGGCUGCUUCUGUUUCUGCAGGCCAAGCUGUUCUUGCCAACUUGAACUCUAGGAUGUAUUAUUUGCUAUUCUUCCUGAUUCAUCAACCAGGAACAAUAACAACAAGUUUUAAAAACCUACAUGCAUCAGAAAUACACCAAGGGUUAUUUCAAAGAGUCUUCACUCUACAAUGCGUUUUAUCUAAAACCUCCAAAAAGAUUUGCAAAAAUCUCAGCCCCUUCAAUUUCUGAACAAAGAUGGGCAGGUUUCACAUGUCACUAGGCGAAAAUGAAAAUGUUUACUGUUCUUUUCAUUUCUUAUUUAAGGAGACUUCAGAACCAAGUGAUACCGGAAGAAAAUACCGAAACAAAAGGGACCACAUGAUAUGUAAAGUCAUGUGCCUGUGCAUUGCCUAUUCGUCAACUAUUGGCGGACUGACGACCAUCACUGGAACUUCAACCAACUUGAUCUUUGCUGAGCACUUUAACACGUAAGAAAAGAGACAAAACAAGUUCUUCUAAAUCUGAAACCUGUUUUUACUUCCUUCCUUUUAUAAAAGCACUUCAAACAACAACUGGGAAUAAUAAAAAACAGUUUAAAAGAUCAACACAUACAUAAAAGACAGAUGCCAACUGGGAUAAAGUUUUUAUAUCCCAGUCCAGCUCUGUCCCCCAAAUAUACUUAAGAGCCUACCCACGUGAUGGUAUUGUAGGUUAGUUGACCUUAUUACUGUUGGGUCACAUAAAUCUCUCAUAGAUUAGCUAAACAUCCAGGUGAGUCACAUGAUGAUGCUCUUGCAGUUUAGCUGCCAACAACACUCCACUAUAACUUCCACUUUACAAAUCAAUGAUAUUUUAACUGUGCAGUAAACAAAGAAGCAGAAGGCCAGAGAAUUUCUGAACCACAAUCACUAUCUAUCCAUCCAUGCUCUAUAAAGAAUUCCAAGCUUUGCAAUUCCAUUGUCUUUGUCCUUGAUGUCCCAAUGGUCAAUAUCUAUCCAGAAAUUUUAAGGCUCAUCGUUAUUUCAAUGGGAGACAUAAACACACACUUAAAUUCCUCCUGCUGUAAUCAAUGGAACUUAAAGUAUUCAACUUUUGCUGGACUAUGCACUGUUAUUUACAUUGUAGAUGUAGUAAACUGAAGCUGAGGGGAAGGGAAUUUAGACUCAAAGAUCCUUUUCCAACCGCCAUGAACUCAUAGGACAAUACGGCAUUCAAAUAGACACAAUAUUACAGCUGGAACACUUCACACAGGCCAGAAAUGCAGAAUGGGGAAAAAAGGAAAAUAAUGUCUAAAAACAUUAUUCUGCAGGUUUGCUCUACCUCCUUUUAACAAACUCAUUGAAAUCACCAAGGCUGUCUUAGAAAUGUUUUAUAAUUAUAAACAAUGGUGCCACAGUUUUGCCCCAAGAAACUUUUCUCACAGCUGAAGAUAUAUGAUGUUUAACUUCAUGCUAUUUCUGAGGCAACUGCAAUUUUUACACUUGAUACUAAUUGACAACAACCGCAGUAUCAAGGAUCAUUCUGUCAGUUUCACUCUGCGUCCCAAAUAUGUCUAAUCUGUUAAAGCGAUUUCUAGUUGCCUGGAAUAUUGUCUAUCUGCCACCUGUAAUUUGCUAAAAAUUGCAUCAUCCUAAACUGCAUUUUACACAGGAGAAUAUAUCAUAGUUACUUUAAAGCAAAUAAAAUAAAAGCAUACAUAUAAUCAAAUAAGCAAGAACACAUUAAAGCCUUCAAACUCCAUUACAAGCAAGGCAAGGGAAUAAUAACCAUACCAGAGGAAAACACAUCUCCAACUAAUUACCUAUGUGAUUCCACCCUGAACAACUAACAGUGGAGGCUUUCUUCUGAGGAAGCAUGCCUGGAAUUGCACUAAACUCUUUUUUGUUUAUAGAUGGGCAUUUUGUUACGAUCCCUGGUUUGAUUACAGCUCCAGGAUCAUUUUUGCACUGACAUGCAACACCAUUGUUUUUGUUGGAGAUCAUAAGAGCUGCUUUGCUGGAUCAGACCAAAGCCUAAUUCAGAGUGAAAGCCUGAUUUUUUCUUCUUCCUCGGAGUCUCCUGUGCAUGCCAUAGAAUCUUAGCAUUGUAGAGUUGGAAGUGACCAAAAGGGCCAUCUAGUCCAACUCCCUGAAUGACCGCUCCCCACAUUAAAUGGGGUGUGCCCUUUGUGCGGUCGUGCACAGCCCCCUGGACCCUGUGCAGCACCAUCAACACAGCCUUGGCUUCACCUUCCCCAGGUGGGAUACCUGGAGGUCUCCGCCUACCUCAGCCAGUUGCCCAAUCUCGCCUGGGGAGGCGUUGCCAAGGUGAUCAGGCCAGGUAGGGGGAGGGACCACCCUGCCCACACAAGCAGCAAUCUUUUGCCAAUUUGGGGCUCGAACCCACAAUCUUGAGAUUCCCCACCCCCAAGGGUUGGAGAAGAGAUGGGGUCAUCUCAGGGUCCAAAGUUACCUAACUGCACCACUACUCACCUCUCACUUUCAGGUGGUUGUGCAUUCUCUGAGUUGUAAUUAGAGAUGAGUGGAUCAGCCUAUUUCCAACUCCUGUCAGUUUCACAGAGUUUCAUUCAUGCCCUCCCACUUCAGCAUCAACGUCAGUUUCACAUGUUUUCAUUCAUAAGUUUAUGCCCUCCUGCUUCUGCUUCCAUCUCUAAUUCUUCUUAAAAAAAGAACCCUCCCCACAAAAUAUGCCUGUUUGUAUGCAUUUUAUUCCCUCUCCUUCCACAAAAUAGGCCUUCCCCAAAACAUGCAUUCUGAUCUAAAAUGUAUAUUUUUAUAUACACCAUGGUAACAUAUUUUUUGAGUUGAGCACCUUCUCGCAAAAUUCAGAGUUGCAUGAAAGCUGAAGAAUUACAGCAUUCUGAGCUGCAUAAUAGUCCUGGAGGUGUGAGUUCACUUAGAAAAUGUGGACUGAACCAAAUCCCCGAGUCUUCCUAGUUGCAGCCGGCUGCCCAUGGUAUCUUUCAGAAUCUAAUAAACCACUUGAGUGAAGUGAAAUGAAAUGUGCAAGGAAGGAGAAAGGGAGUCAUAGAAAGCAGCUGAAUUGGAGCCAGAUGAUGCAGCAACAUGUGAAAAGGGCUAUGGAAUGCAUACUCUCCAAUAUUUCUCUGAUGAAAAUAGGAGUGUCCUAUUCAAUAAUAAUAGUUGUUGUUGUUGUUUAGUCGUUUAGUUGUGUCUGACUCUUCGUGACCCCAUGGACCAGAGCACGCCAGGCACUCCUGUCUUCCACUGCCUCCCGCAGUUUAGUCAAACUCAUGUUAGUAGCUUUGAGAACGCUGUCCAACCAUCUUGUCCUCUGUCGUCCCCUUCUCCUUGUGCCCUUCAUCUUUCCCAACAUCAGGGUCUUUUCCAGGGAGUCUUCUCUUCUCAUGAGGUGGCCAAAGUAUUGGAGCCUCAGCUUCAGGAUCUGUCCUUCCAGUGAGCACUCAGGGCAGAUUUGCUUAAGAAUGGAUAGGUUUGAUCUUCUUGCAGUCCGUGGGACUCUCAAGAGUCUCCUCCAUCACCAUAAUUCAAAAGCAUCAAUUCUUCGGCGAUCAGCCUUCUUUAUGGUCCACCUCUCACUUUAAUAAUAAUAAUAAUAAUAAUAAUAAUAAUAAUAAUAAUAUAAUAUAAUAAUACUAAUACUAAUACUAAUACUAAUAGUAAUAAUAACCCGCCCAUCUGACUGGGUUGCCCCAGGCACUUUGGGCAGCUUCCAACAUAUAUAAAAACACAACAAAACAUUAAACAUUAAAAAAAACUUCCCUACAAAGGGCUGCCUACAGAUGUAUUCUAAAGGUUGUAUAGUUACUUAUCCCCUUGGCUCGAGGUUCCACAACUCCAUACCCUCCAACAUUUCUCUGAUGAAAAUAGGGAUGUCCAGUGCUUUUUUUAUUUUUAAAAAAUGUUUAGGGGUACUCUCAUUUUCCUAUUCAUAUUGAAAUUCUGCCCCUCAAUGAGGCCAAACUUAGAUUCACAAAAUGUUUAGGGGUAUGCGUACCCCUGCUUCCCCCCAGGGGAAAAAAAAGCACUGGGGAUGUCCUAAGGAAAAGGGGACAUUCUGGGAUCAAAUCAGAAACUGGGACAGCUUCUGUAAAGUCCCUUCCAGGGACUGCCCCUGGAAAGAAAGGGGGACACUUGGUGGGAAUGUGAAUGCCCUCCCCUCACAGAUUCAUCUAGAACUGACCUUGCAGGGCUUUGGGUGCCAAAGCACACAUUGAUCCAAGCCUUUGACCAAACUGGAUGUGGAUUUGGGUAGCCUUCCCGCUCUGGCUUGUACUGUUGUUCAUUGUGAUGAUGAGUGUACUGCUUUGUUGGUUUUAUGUACCAGGAUUUUAUUGUGCAUUAUAUGUUCCUGUUUUAUCCUGUGCCCUGCUCUGAGAUUAUUUUUUAAUGAAGAGUGAGCUAAAAAUCCCCUAAAUAAAUAAAGGGAGAGACAUAAAACAUAAACACAAGCCAAUCAACAGAGGGAACAUGACAGAGCCCAGAGUAAAGAACUAUCAAAAGGCAAAAGGCAUUCAUAUCGUCAGCUUUUCGUGUUACAGCUGCUCCUCUAGGCUCCAUUUGGUUAUGAUUCAGAGUCACUCUCCAUGGUGGUUUUGUGUGUUAAUCUAACAUAAUAUACAAAACCUUAAGAAUGAUCUUAAGACAAUGAAAGCCCUGUUGCAGAGCAACAAUCUUAUCCCCAGGUCUGUCCUGAUAAGCUUGGUCAAGGUCAGUACUGCAGGUAUAAAUCACUUAAAUUCAAACAUUUAUUAAUGCAGAUUGCAUGGCAACAGCCAUGAGGAAGAAGGUGGAGAUAGGAGGGAGCUGUUAAAACAGGUUGUGCAGUCUUGUUUUUGUAGGAUCCUAUCAGUGUGAUAAGGGACGCGGGUGGCGCUGUGGUCUAAACCACAGAGCCUAGGGCUUGCUGAUCAGAAGGUCGGCAGUUCAAAUCCCCGCGAUGGGGUGAGCUCCCAUUGUUCUGUCCCUGCUCCUGCCAACCUAGCAGUUUGAAAGCACGUCAAAGUGCAAGUAGAUAAAUAGGUACCGCUCUGGCGGAAAGGUAAACGGUGUUUCCAUGAGCUGGUUCGCCAGAAGCGGCUUAGUCAUGCUGGCCACAUGACCCAGAAGCUCUCUGUGGACAAACGCCGGCUCCCUCGGCCUAUAGAAUGAGAUGAGCGCCGCAACCCCAGAGUCAUCCGCAACUGGACCUAAUGGUCAGGGGUCCCUUUACCUUUACUAUCAGUGUGAUAGUCCAAAUCUCUAAGGUCAAACAGAUCAUCUCCAAAGUGUGUUUUUCUUGGGCAAAGAGGCUGCCUGAACAAUCCUAGUUUGGCUAUUAUAGUUACAUAAGCUUACGCUGCAAACCAUCUUCAUCGCUGGGUAGCACAGCCUCUGUAUUUUCAAGUACACAGGGCCAAUGAACCUCCUGAUUUUGGGCUGGUGCAUUCAUCCCCACAACAUGUUGUGCCUUCGUUUUUCACACCGUGAUGAAUAUUUUCUCCAAAUGCUGACACCUUUACUGUACCCUAAAGGACUUUAGUUUUUGCUAGAUCGGGAGGACACCGUAAAUCUCUGAUCCCACACUGCGAAAGCACAUUUCAGAGGAAAUGUCAAGCAGUAGGAGUGUUGGCUUGAAGUCACAUCGGAGUAGCUUUACCAUUUCAAACAUGAAACGGUGAGCAAUGAGAAAGGAAAGCAAAUUAUUUCCCCACCCCCAUACCCAAGGAGAUGUUACUUGCUCUGGCCACCUAUGCAUUCACACAGUAAGGUUGGGCAUGAUCAAUGGGCCCUUGUUACCAGGCCAACUAACGACAGUGAAAUGGGUUUUUGUUUCAUUGAAGGUGGAAAUAGUAUUAGCACAGGCCAGACUUUUUCUGUUGCAGCCAAUUCUCACAGCCCAUUGCAUGGAAGGUGCAGCCUGACGGUGGAUGCUUUCAAGUUCACCUUGGUAUGCUGGGUGAUUUUGGCAUUCCGGAUGACAUUACUUUUGCUAUCUGCCCUGGGAGAAUCACACACAGAUUCUCCAAAGGAGCAGGGUCCCAUCAAAGAAAUUGCCUUGCCUAUUUUGCAGCUCUUAAGUCAAGUCUGACACCUUUGUCCCAGAGAGAGCUUAAUAAAAUCAAACAAAGCUCUUGUCUUAAUGAAACCUUUCCUCAUUAUAGAAACUCUUUAUGUUUGUUAAGCUGUGCAUCUGUAUCUGACUUUGACAUGUGGCGAGUUCAGGCUAUUGCUAUGCAGAGAGGGUUCUGUCACUCAAGGGAACUUGCAAUGUGUAGCUUGUGUCAAGGUCCUUGUUUAUACAUCCCUGCCUCAGGAGGUUACACUGCAGAUGUUGAGAGAACUGUAGAAGACAGUCAGCAACAUAUUUUCUACUUUGAGCCCCAGCCACACUAUAAAUUUAAAGCACUUUUAUACCACAUGGUUGGCCCCCAAUCAUCCUGGGGACAGUAGUUAAGGGAGCUGAGAGUUGUUAGAUGACCCCUAUUCCCCCUCACAGAGCUAUCUAAUAAUAAUAAUAAUACUAAUAAUAACUUUAUUAUUUGUACCCUGCCCAUAUGACUGGGUUGCCCCAAUCACUCUGGGCGGCUUCCAACAUAUAUAAAAACAUAACAAAAUAUUACACAUUUGAAAGCUUCCCUAUACAGGGCUGCCUUUAGAGUUCUUCUAAAGGUUAUAUAGCUACUCAUCUCCUUGACAUCUGAUGGGAGGGUGUUCCACAAGGUGGGUGCUGCUACCUCUGAAGUUCAAACCGUGGUUUAUGGAUUACUUAAUUAACAAUUACUUAAUUAUUAAGUGGUUUGUUCUGUUACAUAGAUAAGGUGGAGGGAAGGCCUUUUGUAAAAUGCUGUAAAAUUAAAUCCCAUCAGUUGAACAUUAUACUGCUCAAUUAACUGAGCUCAAUCAAUUAUGUACAUGGAGCUGGAAUGAAACCCAUUGAAGUGCUUCAUGGUCCUAUCUAUCAUGGUACAUUCAGCAUUCAUUGGGUAGUUUCUGAUGACUAAAGCUAAUUCCCUUAGCCAGGGUGGAUCAGGAAUUCGUUUCAUCGUCUGGACUGACUGAUGUCUAAAAGAGCUAUGUGAGGGCUUUGUGACAGAGUCUUACCCAAUUAUUUUGGGGUAUAGCGGUUGUGAUAUGAUGGAUCGCUUCAUGCUCCCUAGUUGAUUUGAAUCCCACCACUUGGUGGCUGCAGAAGUCAGUGCAAGGGGAUGCAAUCCUAGUUGGUUGGUAGCAAACAAGAGCUCUAGACCAGCAGUAUGGUGACAUAAAGAGAGUAAACAUCUCUUCAGUCUCUCAGUUCAGCCUCCGUAAAGCUGAAGUUCCUCACACAAUAAAAAGCUUAGACCAUAUUACAAAGAGUGUGGUACUCAAUAAAUAAAUACUAAAUAAAUUAGCAGAGUAUUGGAAUACUGAAUAUCUUGUUUAGUUUCAAUUAAACAACACAGUAAAUUGGCAGUUUUCUCCUUAGCUUCAGAGUUCAUUACUGUUAAAGAACAAUACUCUUCAGAACCUGGUGGAAACUCCAUUGUGACCCCAAUACAAUACAAUACAAUACAAUCAACUACCAGUAUAUUUGCAAUAUAAUAUUUGAUAAUUGUAAUCCUAUUUUAUCAUGUAACUUUGCUCAUAUGAUGGAACAAAAGAAAAUUAUAAGCCCUAUUUGAGCAUUCACUUCCUUUAUGUGAUCAUAAUUACGUAGCAAAGAGGAGAGGAAAACUGGCAAGUCCAGCCCUUCACUGGUGCCUCACAUUCCCCAACUGUACAAGCCAUUUACAAGUUGAAGGACAGACUUAUGGAGUAGGGGGCCUCCUGUACUCAUGCAAAUUUCAUGAUUGAGAACCUCAUCCGAAUCCUAUCAUGUAGCCUUUGUCCAUCUGGCUGUGGCAGAUGGGGAAUUGUAGUACAAAACCUCUGGAGAACACCAGGUUGAUGAAGGCUGAGGCAGCAUAUUAUGAAUAGCUCUCGGGGAACAUUUUGACAUGAUUUCAAAACCUUCCAAAAGAUGGAGGAGACCACCAGCUCCCUCUCUUAAAAAGAUAAGUGAGACCAAAAAAAAGGGGGGGGGAGCCAUAGGAAGUCAAGCAGUGAGAUCAGGAACUCAGUGACACAGGGCCAGUGAGUUCACACUAUUGUUGUUAAAUGUGCAAUAAUGCCAUUGUCAUUCAAAUCUACAUUUGAGGUGAAGUCAUAUUCCAUCUUCAUUUCCUGAUAGAGCUGGUUUUCAUAUCUAAAACUGGACAGGGUGUAAGUGUAUCAAUACUUCAGCCCAUCCCGGGGAUCCUGUCUUAACUGGUAUCUUGCUUUUCAUAUGCAAUAGAGAUGUCUUAACCUCAGUUUCUUUCUCAUUUCCCCCCCAGGAGGUACCCAGAUUGCCAGUGCAUCAAUUUUGGAACCUGGUUUAUUCUUUGCAUCCCCAUCACUCUUAUUAUAUUGGUCCUUUCCUGGGUUUGGCUCCUGUGGCUUUUCUUGGGUUUCAAGUAAGUAUAAAUGCCCAGUGCAAUCCAUGUGGUGACAGUUGAGGUAGGGAGAAUAGUAUAGUGUAGACAAUCAUUUCGUAUUUUAGAAUGAGAAUGGGUGGUUUCAUUCAUGAAAAUUCACCAGCAAUUACUAGAGGCACACUUUCACUCAUGAAGGCCAAAAGUAGCCUAUGUGGUUGUGAACUUCAGAUGUUGUGAACUACGACCCCCAUCUUUCUGAUCAUUGACCAUGCUAGCUGGGGCUGAUAGAAGUUGGAGUCUGCAACAUCUGGAUGGCAUUACAUUGGCUACAUUUGGCUGUGACCCUCCAAUAUGGCCAAUUAUGGGAACUGGAGUCCAACAACUUUUGGAGGACACAGGUUCCUCAUCCCUGUGGUAUAGAAAUAGGCAUGCAUUUUGGAAACUCAAAACCAACCCGGUCCAAGAUAAUAUUUGCAUGUGGACUGAUAGUGGUCAUAAUUCAGGACCUCUGCAUAUGCAACCCACACUCAUAGGGUGAAACCAAUAUUUGUUCCGACACACCUUCGGGUGGAAAAGUCCAAUUGUACAGCUGCUACAGUGAACAAUCUUCUCAAUGCUCUGGGUUGAUAAGGUUUAUCCCUCAAGUAAAGGGAUAAAGAUAGAGGCAGCUUGGACCCCAAAGAGGAAUUAUAAUUCCAGAUACCAUUCCCCAAAAAGAUGUGGUAAUGGAACCAUGGUUUGCUCACAAUUCAGCCUUAUGCUGAAGUAGGCCAAACAUUUAUAUACUGCUUGAUUGUAAUUAAGCAUCAAUAAGUCACAACAAAUGAUUUAUAAUACGUGACAUUCAUCCUAACAGCUGGAAGUUGCAUGACUGCUUUUGUUUAAUAAAUAGCAGAUAGGGAAAGAAUUGGUAUCUGAAUGAGGAACAUAUUAGAAUAUAGGUUUAAAUCCCCUGCCCAUCACACCACAGUCCUGAUUUGACCACCUCACCCCCCCAACCCACAGCUACUAUUUACUAAACAAACAAACAAACAAACAAAACCAUGUAACUGAGAGUUGCACAGUUAAUAUCACAUCAGAUUUGACCUUCAGCAUAACAUUGCUUUCCCUUUUCACAUACAAAUGUCACUAGGUGGUAUAAUCCCCCCCCCCCCCAAGAAUAGAGAGCAUAUUUUCCAAGAUUUUCAGAGGGAUUUUGCUUUUGAGGUAUUCAACAUGGUGUCCACUAUCAUUCCUAUCAUCCCUGUUCAUUGGUCAUUUUGGCUGAGGGUAAUGGGAGCUAGCUACUCUAGUUUAUACAAAGGAAGCCCGCCUGACUUCAUGCCAUUUACUGUCUCUGCUAUAAAGUAUGUGACCAAAACACCAAAUUUGCCAAUACAUUACAAUACACAUACCAUACAUGAUACUAUAGUUUGACAUAAAGCAUUAUGUUUCUGAAUUACAAGGCAUUGGUUAUUUCUGUUCCAAGGACUGUGGCUUGGGUCCAGAGAGAUGUGUAACCAGUUCCUCCUGCCAAAAAGGAGCUUUGAACUGCAUUUUCAAAACAGAUCCCCACAUAGCAAGCCUCUUUUGAAACAAAACAGAAUCUCCAAAGCAAUUUGUGAUACAAAAUGGAGGGGAGUCGCCUCCUGGUCAAAGGAAGGAAGCCAAAAAAAAUCCCACUGAGCUCAGGCCUUUGGAUCCAAGCCACAGGAAGAGAAACCCAUACUUUAAAUGUAAAAACCCCUUUACUGGUUAUUCUUAUUUCCAUUUUAGUUUCAAAGAAAUGUUCAAGUGUGGCAAGGAAAAGUCGCCCAGGGAACAAGCCUCCGCACAGGUGAUUAAAGAGGAAUACAAUAAACUUGGACCGAUGAGGUAAGACAGACGGCUGAACCACAGGCACAAUGUUACAAUGAUGUCAAAGCAAACAUACUGAAAGGGCAAUGUUGACACUCGCUGUUCUUCUGUUGCAGCUACCCAGAAAUCAUCACCCUUGUCCUCUUCAUUCUAAUGGCCCUGUUAUGGUUCACUAGAGACCCUGGAUUCAUCUCCGGCUGGGCUUCAUUAUUUUCAGCGUAAGUUUAUAAGUAUCAUUGUCCAGUUUUGAGGUGCUGGCAUUAUCUCUUGCUUUGAAACGAAUCCACGUUGAUGACAAUGAAGAUUUGUUUAGCUAUUUUACUGGAUGUGCUGACAAUAUCUGCCUCUUGAGCCAAGGAGAUAAGGAACUAUACAACCUUUAGAAGACAUCUGAAGGCAGCCUUGUAUAGGGAAGGGUUUUUUUAGAUGAUGAUGAUGAUGAUGAUGAUGAUAAUAAUAAUAAUAAUAAUAACAACAACAACAACAACAACAAUAACAAUAAUAAAUUUAUACCCCACCCAUCUGGAUGGCUUCCAACAGAAUAUUAAAAACACUCUAAAACAUCAAACAUUAAAAACUUCCCUAAAUAGAGCGGCCUUCAGGUGUCUUCUAAAAGUCAGAUAGUUGUUUAUUUCCUUGACAUCUGAUGGGAGGGCAGAUGCCACCACCAAGAAGGCCCUCUGCCUGGUUCCCUGUAACCUCACUUCUCACAGUGAGGGAACCGCCAGAAGGCCCUCAGAGCUGGACCUCAGUGUCCGGGCAGAACGAUGUGGGUGGAGAUGCUCCUUCAGGUUAAAAUGCUUUAUUAUAUUUUCAUAUAUUUUGGAAGCCGCCCCAGAGUGGCUGGGGCAACCCAGUCAGUUGGGUAUAAAUAAUAAAGUUGUGGUGGAAAAGGACACCCUAUUUUCAUCGAAUAAAUGUUGGAGGGUAUUCAAUGCACCGAAACAGCACUGCAACAAAAAUGGCCAGGGCCAGAAUUGGGGGGGGGGGCUAUCCCAUAUUCUCUCUUGUACACACACACAUUUAUACAGCAUGCACACAUACAGCCUCCCCAGAGUAACAGAGUAGGAAGAGCUGCAAAAUUGCAGAGCAGUGAGGAAUUUGCGGCAGGCCCGAAUUAGACAUUGGCUACUCCACGUUCCACACAUGCAUGUAUAUGCUCACAUACACAUAUAGCACACAGCACAAACACCACACAGAGGUAUCACCCACAAAGAAAAAAACCCCUAGUGGGCCUUUUUAGGCCACCCAGCACCACAAUCAGUAAUAGUGUUAAGUUGUGGGUGAACAUAUCAGACGACACAGUGAUUCUUCAAACAGCUCUUGUUUAUUCACAGGCCAGAACAGAACUGAACUGAAGGGUUCAGCCAGCCUGCUUAUAUAGAGCUCCACUAGAACGCAACAGUAACCAUUUUCUGUAGCUAUCCAAUCACUGAACGUCACUUUCAAUCGCUUAUUUGCAUAUGUGGACCUGAGUGAAAACUAUCUACAGUAUCCCCCUGCUGGCCCAGCGUGAGAACUUCAGUACAUAACAAAUAGUGCCUACCAUUUUUACCUAAGUCAGCCACAGCCAUGGUGGUUAUAUCUGAUAGCUAUUUCAGUCUAUGCCAUCCCCACUCAGCCUCACAACUAGUGCACGCUUCUCAUGGGGACAGAUUUUUAUUUAUCCAUAAUGAACCCGAAGCACCAUUAUAUUUCAUUUUUGAAAACCCAAGAAGCCAUACCUCAUAUAAUGAACAGCGAUGUGUGCCUAAGGCUCCACUCUGUACGUGGAAAUCAGUUCUACUUCAAGUUAAACCUAUUCAGGGUUGGAGCAUAAAUCACACCUUCAAAUAUCCCCAGUUCUUGUCUCCUUGUAAUGUUUGCUUGGGUAGCACACAUAACUUCUUCAGUUGUUUCAAAUACCUGCUGUUUAGAUAUUACAGUUAUUGGGCAGGACUGUUUUUGAGUGCUUCUGUGAGGAAGUUGCAGUACCAAAUUUAUCAUUACUAUAUAUGUAAUUUGACUGUACAGUGGUACGUCGGGUUAAGAACUUAAUUCAUUUUUGAGGUCUGUUCUUAACCUGAAACUGUUCUUAACUUGAGGUACCACUUUAGUCUAAUGGGGGCCUCCCGCUGCCGCUGUGCCGCCGCUGCACGAUUUCUGUUCUCAUCCUGAAGCAAAGUUCUUAACCCAAGGUAAUAUUUCUGGGUUAGCGGAGUCUGUAACCUGAAGCGUCUGUAACCUGAAGCGUAUGUAACCCGAGGUACCACUGUAUUUCUUGCACUUACUGAGGACUCAGCUACGUUAGUCAAAAAACAGUGUUUUGAAUGAGUUGCAAACAUGCAACACCAGAUGGCGCUGCGCAGCACAAAACUUUUCUGUGCGAUUUUACAUAGCAUUUUUUACCUUUUGUUAUAACGAUUUAACGAUUUAAUUUAUGACUUACAGUAUUUAUAGCUGGUCCCCCCCCCCCAUGGGUAGAUUCACCCUGAGUUGGCAGACACUACAGUGCUCAAACAUAUUUGCUGUUCUGCAACUAUGGCCUGAAAAAGUUUUAACCUUUGAAUAAGAGGGGAAGGCUUCAACAGUUUCCCCUUUUCUGCUCCUUCAUGGCUGAAACUUUUCUCAGCUGAGUCAAAUGACUGGAUGGAGAAAUUGGCUGAGGCAGGAUAUAGCACUUUGCCUAAGAGGUGACAGAGAAAUACCUCCAAUUGUUCUUCUCCAGCUGGGCAUUUUGAUAUUUGCUAUAUUGUCGGUCAGGGCAGACGCCAAUGAAUAGCUCCAUUACCUCAAGAACUUCUGUCUGCACAAUAGAACUUCCCCUCAUUCUUCUUUCCCCAUAUACCUCUCCCAUGCCCCCUAAAUACGUUCUGGGUUUCCCCCCAACCUUCCGCAGCAGUUCUGGGCAGGGGGCACAAGGAGAGAGGAGAGGGACGGGCAAACAGAAAUUAAUGUAUUUUAUGGCUUGUUUCUUGGGAGCAUAGAAGAUUGUCUCUGUUUGUUGCCGUUUAUUGCUACGCAUUCUCUCACUGGGCAAACCCAUCUUCUCUUCAGUUUGCAAUUGCUGAUUCUCAGGCCUAACAGAAUGGAUUUCAGCACCUGUUGCCAUCUUAUUUCUAAGUAUCAGUGAAUUAUUUAGGGACCAUAAAAAACCCCACACAGACUGGUGCAUUGCAAUUAUUUCAUCUUCUAUCUUCAUUUCUGCUAAGUAAGAGCAAAGCAGUAUGGGAGGUGUACGAUCCUCACCUCUUAUAAAGCAGAGCCUUUAGAGAGAAGUCCUAGUGAUUUAUUCUGAGAUCGAAGAAGUCACUGACUUGGUCAUCUCACAUAACAUUUGUAGCCUACUAUGGAUGCGAAAAGCUCUCAUGGUAAAUGGGCUUUAACAAAACAGAUGCUUCCAAUAUGAAAAAGCAGAUAUUUAUUAUUGCAAUCUGUCCAUUUUACCGUAAUACACACACACACACACACGAUCCUUUUGACUCUCCGCCAAUGUUUUCCCCAAGUCCGUUUUCAUUUGGGACUAAUUGUAAGCAUGUAUCAUUCUACUUUAAAAUAAACCAUUUUUAUAGCAUAAUAUAUCCAGCCUAACCUGAUAAAAUCAGAAGCACUUAAUUAUAAUGCUAGGGCAUAGUCUGAAGUCCGGUCCUGGGCAGUGUUUGAGUCGGUAUUCACCCAGAAAGCACAUGUUUUCAGCCUUGAGAUCCAUUAUAGAUGGGGAAUAAAUGCAAAAGAAUAAAUAAAUGAUGUCAAGAUAUAACAAAUGGACAUUUCCUUUCUUUUUCUUUUUUGCUGUCUAGAUUUUGUUUGCAUCCAUAUGCCCGUGGUUACACUUAACAUUUUUAAUUUUCCUCAAAAUAUCUAAAUGAGCUUUUCAUUUUUGAAGGUUUUAUUAGCCUCACUGUGUAGAUGCCCUUUAUAUUUUGUCUGCAAGCUAAAGUUUCACGUGGAAAUGGAAAGUUCAUUCAAGUGUUUGGCACGUUUCCCUAUAUUAUUAAAUCUGAUUAAGAACAUCACACACAAACAUAUCGUUUGCUGAUUUCAUUUUUAAACAUUAUUUACAUUUACUCCUGUAAAGUGUAGAGUUACCAUAGCAACACUUGAGAUGGUAAGAACCUGAACAGAAUAGUUCACGUGAGGCUUGCCACGACUCCUGUUUCUUGUGGACAUUUCAGAUUAACUCAUUAACCACAAAUGCUUCGGAUAACUUUAUGUCACUGCAAUAGACGCAAGAUAAUAUCGCCAAGGCAACUAUCUGUAAACAAACAAUAAACGCCCAUAAGAUGGCAAAAGUUAAUUUGUUUCCAAAAUAAGUUUUAUCUUAAAUAAUUGCAAAUGCAGUAAAUAAAGAGCCCGCUGGUAAUAUAUCAGUGGUUCGGUGUUCGUUUUUCUCUCUUUCCAAAAUAGAUUUUACCUUAAAUAAUUGCAAAUGCAGUAAUAAAGAGUCCACUUGUGAUGUAUCAGUUGUUCAGUGUUCGGACGUCGCUCAAGUAAUCAGAAGUUUCGUCCCCAAAAGUCUUAGUCAUCAAGCUUCGUAGUAAAUAAUAUACAGUGGUACCUCAGGUUAAGAACUUAAUUUGUUCUGGAGAUCCGUUCUUAACCUGAAACUGUUCUUAACCUGAGGUACCACUUUAGCUAAUGGGGCCUCCCGCUACCUGCGCGCAGCCACCGGGCGAUUUCUGUUUUUAUCCUGAAGCAAAGUUCUUAACCCGAGGUACUAUUUCUGGGUUAGCAGAGUCUGUAACCUGAAGCAUCUAUAACCUGAAGCAUCUGCAACCGGAGGUACCACUGUACAACAGAAGACAUUAUAUAAACGGCUUAAAGCAGGGGUGUAUCUCUCCCCAUCAGCAUGUUUCCAUCGGGAGCAACAUAGAAAGAGGAUGAUGUCCUUCAGUUUGUUAACCCUCUUGAAGGUUGCAUUUCAUCGCUUCUGUGUCCUGUUGAGCCUCAGAAAUGGAAAGGAGGAGAUUUUUGACCUCAAGCCAGUGUCAACUACAGCUAUAUUAUGGGAUGCGGGUGGCACUGUGGUCUAAACCACUGAGCCUCUUGGGCUUGCCAAUCAGGGUGAACUCCCGUUGCUCUGUCCCAGCUCCUGCCAACCUAGCAGUUCGAAAGCAUGCCUGUGCAAGUAGAUAAAUAGGUACCGCUGCGGCAGGAAGGUAAACAGCAUUUCCGUGCACUCAGGUUUCCAUCACGAUGUCCCGUUGCACCAGAAGUGGUUUAGUCAUGCUGGCCGCAUGACCCGGAAAGCUGCCUGUGGACAAACACUGGCUCCCUCAGCCUGAAAGCGAGAUGAGCGCCACAACUCCAUAGUCGCCUUUGACUGGACUUAACUGUCCAGGGGUCCUUUACCUUUUACCUUUACAGCUAUAUUACCUGCACAGGUGUUGAGUUCUUCUGGAGAGGUUAUUCUGUCUGGCCCACCCAAUCUGAUCUCAAGGAACACCCUUCUCAGUAACGCUACUCAGAUGGAAUUCCCUACCAAGGAAGGCUCAUGGUGACCUUUCACCCAUAGGCGACCCCUCAUUUAUUUAUUUAUUUAAAUAAACCUCUGGCCACUGAGGUGACUUGCUUUUCUCAGCUGCUCUGUGCUUUGGUCUCAUUUCUUUUGCUUUUAUUGUCUAUUAAUUGCCUGCCUUUUUUUCAGAAUAAAACCUGCUAUUAUUUAUUUUUAUAUGGUUUUAUUGUGCUAUUGCUGGGUUAUUUAUUGUUAGUCAAAUUGAGCAUUAUUUGUAAAUGUGGAAAACAAAAAUAAAUAGAUUAAGCAUACUUUGGUUGAAUUUAAACUACGGUCAUGGUUAAUUCAUGCUCUGUUCAUCAUUGCUAUUUUAAAAUAUAAUUGCAAAUUGGCAUAUCAUUUGAAAUUAAUGUUUGUAUAGUUAUUUUUAAAGGGAAGCUUUAAUCUGCCUUUCUGCUGGAUCAGUGCCACCCUACUAGACCAUGGCUUAGAGAGUCACAGUGCAGUUCAUCAGCUCACACUGCCAAUGGCAAGGAAUUAUGGGGAAACAUGCCCCACAAUAUCUGCAGGGCCAGAUGUUUCCCAUCCCUGCCAAAUAGAAAUUUAAUGUGUUUACCGUCACCUCAAAAUAUCUUUCCAAACACUGGUAAUGUCUGAUAUUAUUGCUAAAGAAUCAGAAUUUUCUAGUGUGAUAUUUGUGGACCAACUGAAACAUUGGCUCUUUCCCCAGAUACCCAGGAUUUGCUACCGAUUCAACAGCUGCCUUAAUGAUUGGCCUCCUCUUCUUCAUCAUUCCAGCAAAAACAUUGUCUAGAACUUCAAAUGGAGAAAACAGUUGAGUAUACAUCCAUGACUUUUUACUCCUUAGCACAGGUAUAAAGGCUCGUCCACACUCCUUCUCAUCCUGUGCCUAGAAAGCAUGGGUACGAGCAAUUCCCCUCUGGCCUCUCUCCCUUUCCCAGGGAAAAACCUGCUCUUUAGCGAUAAAUUGGAACAAACUGAAAACCCGAAUUGCCAUUUGCUCCAACUGAACACUAAAGAGCAGUUUUCCCUGGGGGGAAGUAGCGAGACAAGAGGAAGUGUGGAUAUAAACCCUAAGUUAAUAUUGUAACUGAGAGCUAAUUAUAACAUGGCGAUAUUUUGAGCUUCUCUUCAAAGUCAUCCAGACUUCUGCUGUUGGGUGGAUGGACUUGAAUCAUAGAACUGUAGAAUUGGAGGGACCCUGAGGGUCAUCUAGUUCAACUCUCUGCAAUGCAGGAAUUUCAGUGGAAGCAUCCAUGACAGGUGGCCACCCAACCUCUUCUUAAAAACCUCCAAGGAAGGAGAGUCCACCACCUCUUAUGGGAGUCAGUUCCACUCUUGAACAGCUCUUACUGUCAGAAAGUUCUUCCCAAUGUUUAGUUCUUGUAACUUGAAGCCAUUGGUUCAAGUCCUACUUUCCAGAGCAGGAGAAAAGAAUUAGCUUCCAGAAAACAAUUACAGGCAGAAUCCCGAUGCAUCCCAAGCUCUGCGUACAUUGCAGAGCAGAUGUGGAGCUCUCAUAAUCACGUAAAAGGUAAAGGGACCCCUGACCGUUAGGUCUAGUCGCGGACGACUCUGGGGUUGUGGCACUCAUCUCGCUUUACUGGCCAAGGGAGCCGGCGUACAGCUUCCGGGUCAUGUGGCCAGCAUGACUAAGCCGCUUCUGGUGAACCAGAGCAGUGCACGGAAAUGCCGUUUACCUUCCCGCCAGAGCAGUACCUAUUUAUCUACUUGCACUUGACGUGCUUUCGAACUGCUAGGUUGGCAGGAGCAGGGACCGAGCAACGGGAGCUCACCCCAUCAUGGGGAUUCGAACCGCCGACCUUCUGAUCAGCACGCCCAAGAGGCUCAGUGGUUUAGACCACAGCGCCACCUGCAUCCCAUAAUAUAGCUGUAGUUGACACUGGCUUGAGGUCAAAAACCUCCUCUUUUCCAUAUCUGUGGUUUAGACCACAGCACCACCCGCGUCCCAUUUUCUAAUAAGAGAGUUCCAUUUUCUAACAAGAGAGUUCUUCAUUCAUUUUCCAUGAUGGUUACCAAUUCCAACACAGGAAGAGCCUGCUGGAUCAGGCCAAUGGCCCAGCUGCUCCAUCAUCCUGUUCUCACAGUGGCUGACCAGAUGCCUAUGGGAAGCCCAAAUACAGCACUCUUCCCAUAUGAACCAGCUCCUGCAAUGCAAAGGCAUGAGAAAGUCAGAUGACUCAGAAUAGCUCUGUGUGAAACAGUAGUAGAAAUAUAAUGCAAUGGGCUUUCCCUCCUCAGAUCUUUACAGACAUUCUUUUUUUUUUAUUAUUCCCCUCCUCUAGUUGUUUUUGAUUACACUCCACUGAUAACUUGGAAAGAAUUUCAAGCCUGCAUGCCCUGGGAAAUUGCCAUCCUCGUUGGUGGAGGGUUUGCGCUGGCAGAUGGCUGCGAGGUAAUACAGAUUUUUGCAACAUAUCAAUAAUAAUAACAACAAUAUUCUUAAGCUGUAGCUGGUUUGCAAGAAAAUUGCAGAGGACGAGCUGAAAAGUUGUCCGGUGUUAUUCCACUAGUAAUAUUUAUCUUAUAAUGGAACAACAGUUAAGCGAGAAAUGGAAGGGAAUUGUUGUUCAAGAAGUUAGGGGGAAUUUGGAGGGUUAGUAACUUUGCUUGGUAAAAUGUUGCCUCUGAAAACGGUUUCGUUUUGACUGUUAUUAUCACCGUUGUCAUUAAAUAGAUUUCUAGUCCACCUUCUGGAGUGUGUUGCUGCUUGCUACAAAUCCAUAAAAUAAAGUAUUAGCACGUCAAGAUUUAAAACAGCUGUAAAAACAAUUGGCAGCAUUAAAAUAAAACUGUUCUUAAAUAUGACCAUAAAAUUACCCAGGUGCGGACCAGGAUUUAAGAAAAGAAAAAUUAUGCACAGAAGUGUGGUGUGCUAAGCCUUAUUCAAUAAAGUAAAGAAUAGUCUCAACUGCUUUGGGCAAACAGCUUUGGCUGUUUGUUGCUUAGAGGACCAUCUCCUAUACCGUGGGUGGCUAAGUUUCAACUUCUGGAUGUUGUUGGAUUCCAGCUCCCAACCAGCCCCAACUAGCCUGACUAAUGCUCAUGGAACUUGUAGUUCAGCAAGCAUCUGGAGGGUUUGUACCUUGGUCCUACAACAUGUCAUCUUCUCCUCAAGAUGAGUGCAUGUAGCGUGGACUUUGUUGUGGCCUCUUGCUUGGAUCAUGAGCACAGCACAAAGUUAGCUUCUUAAGCCAAGAUUAUGACAAGCUUCUUGCACAAACGUGUAGCCCCUCUGCUCCCAGUUCACUUCUCCCUUUUUGCAACCAACCAAAUAGGCCAUGAAGCCAUAGUCAACCAUAACUAUAAAUGGCAACUAUGGCUAAUAUGAUUUGUGCUUAUGAUGUUUUCAGGGUGGUUACACACUUUCAAUACCAUCUGCUCCUGCAAAAUGUUUUGGGGCAGUGACUGCUGCUUUUUUUUGCAGUAGUGCAUGUCCCAUAGUUUCCUUUUAAAAUCCAUUAACUUUUCUUCUUCUUUGGCAAUCACUCGUAGCUGAGUAAGAUUGUCUUCCAUGAAUGUGGUCUUAACAGUUUAUCCAUAAGUAACUGUGGAGGCCAAUUCUGGAUCCGCACAUCCUUCCACAGUGGGGACAUAGGUUUCUGGGCGGGACUUGAUCACAGUGAGGAUUUGUCCUCCAUUCCUUCCUCUUAGCUCAUUUCUCCCUUUUGUCCUGAAUUCGUGUUUCUUCAAAGUCCAUGACACCUUUGGUGAAGGCAGUUCUCCAGUUGGAGCGCUCACAGGCCCGUGUUUCCCAGUUGUCUGUGUUUAUACUACAUUUUUUGAGAUUAGCCUUGAUAGUGUAUUUAAACCUCAUUUGUUGUCCACCAGCAUUGUUUACCUGUAAUAAUAAUAAUAAUAAUAAUAAUUAUUAUUAUUAUUAUUAUUAUUAUUAUUAUUUUAUGAUAUAUACCCUGCCUAUCUGACUGGGUUGCCUCAGCCACCCUGGGCAGCUUCAAACACAUGUAAAAACAUAAUCAAACAUUAAAAACUUCCUGAUAGUUCUGUAGUGCAAGAGUGCCCAUCCAGAUGGAAAUAAUGUGGUAACAUUGGGAAAGCAUUGCAGAACUAAUAAAACAGACUCCACCAUUAAUGCACUAUUAUUCUGUCAAAGGCAUGUUACAGAAUACAUCUGCAAAAAACACACACACAAAAACAACAACACACACACAAAUACCAGUUUGGAGGGCCCUCUUUUGAACACCCGCCUCAACUCUUUUGUCAAUGGUUUGUGAAUUCAGACACAGCAGGAAACCAAAGUUGGCACAAACUCACCAGCUUCAGCCGGUAGUUUGAUAUCCUGUUUGGCAGCCCCUCACAAACCAACAAUAAGUUCAGACAUAAGACUAAAGCAUGGUUGACCAUGAAUGCAGCUUACUUAUACCCAUGGUUGUGCUACUCAGAAGCCAACCUCAAUUAGUUCAAUGGGAUUUACUCCAUACUAAAUGUGUAUAGGCUUUCACCCAUAGCCAUUUAUAUCAAGGGUAGUCAGAUGUUGUUGGGCUAUAACUCCCAUCUUCCAUGCCCAUUGGCCAUGUUGGCUGGGGCUGAUGGGAAUCCAACAACAGCUGGAUAGCAGUAUGUCAGCUAGCCCCAACUUACAUGGUGAAAAUGUGUUAUCUGCUAGAAGUUGAGCAUCUUGGCAUGCAUUUAAUAUGGAGGAAAACACAUUGAGGGGCCCUGGAAUCCUAUUAGAGUUCAGUUACUUACAGGUAUCGAUCCUGUGUAUUGAUAGGCUAACAGAUUCUGCAAAUGCCGUACUUGUGAAAAGAUAUGUAUGCAUUAAAUUACAUUGGCGGAUAACUGUGCUAACGUUCCUUUUCACAGGUCUCAAAACUCUCAGAGUGGAUAGGAAGUAAAUUAACUCCUUUGGGAUCGCUGCCCAUAUGGCUGACUAUCCUCAUUUCAUCCCUGAUUGUCACCACAAUAACUGAAGUAGCCAGCAAUCCUGCCACUAUCACAAUAUUUUUGCCUAUCCUAGCCCCACUGGUGAGUAACCCUUCCAAGAAACUGGUUUGGUUUGCCCAUUCACAAUUAAAGUGGUUAAAGAUAAGUAAAAAGAUGGAGUUUCCACCCUUUCAAAAUGUGCUCUGAUUGGGUGUCUGUGUGUUUGACUUAGUGAGCUGGGAAUAUCGAACCAGAGAGUAGUAGUUUAGUUAAUUCUAGAUUAAAGAGUAUGAUGUUGUGUAUAGGUGUUCUAUGGAAGCAAGGAAAUAAUAAUAAAAGAUGCAUAUUUCCUAUGGAUACCAAUGCAUCGAAUAUUAUGCAUCAGUAAUUAUGUCCCACUGCGUUCAAGGAAGCAUGCAUCCCAAUGCACAAACAGUGAUACUGCAUGGAUCUUUAUGUGUUCAGGGAUGCGGGUUUAUUUUCUGCGUGCCUGUAUUCACUUUGCCUCUAUAAAUCCAAUUUUAUUUUUAAAGACUUUAAAUCAUUGGAUCAUAGGAUCAUCGUGGCUAUUUUAGCUAUGGGCUCUUGUAAGGUGCUCUGCUCCUCAGCCUAGUAAAGUGGAGGAAUGCAUGUAUAUAUGUUCAGGGUCCUUUAAAUACUUCAGUUAACAUUAUGUGUUCAUGCAGGGAACCUGUGGACCUGCAGAUCCAACUCCUGACAUCCCCAGAAGCCAUGGCCAAUGGCCAGGGGCAAUGGUGGAUGUUGUAGUCUAGCAUCACCUGGUUCCCCGUGUCUGCUUUUGUGAUCGCAGCCUUUGGUUCUAGCAUGCAUUUUAAUUCUCACUGUCUCAGAUAUGUGCUUCUUUCCGUGAAGGUGAACCAUGACUUUCUGUUUCCUCCUCUAACAGGCUGAAGCCAUCCAUGUGAACCCCCUGUAUAUAUUGAUCCCCUCCACCCUCUGCACUUCGUUCGCGUUCCUUCUACCUGUAGCAAAUCCUCCCAAUGCCAUUGUAUUUGCAUAUGGUCACCUGAAAGUUAUCGACAUGGUAAGUCGAGGGCAAAUCACACACACCAUGCUGACUUCUUCUUUUGUAAUAAUAAGAGUAAUAAUAAUAGCAUCCUUUUCCAGCGUGCUCAGAACCCUUAUUAUACAUCAUCUCACUUAUUCUAGUGUCUUGCUUUCCACAGACACCAACCAGGUGGCUCUAGAAAGCCCAUGAGGAAGACCUAAAGACAAUAGUCCUUUCCUAUUGUUGCUGUCUGGAAACUAGUAUUCAGGUUCCGCAUCCAUCAUGACUUACAGCCACUCAUACACACAUUUAUUGUGAAUUUGUCUAAUGCUCUUUCAAAACCAUCUAGGAUGUUUAUUUACUUAACACAUACCACCUUUCCUCCAACCAACUCUAGGCAGAAUACGGUACAUGGUUCUCCCCAGUGGCUUGCGGUCAGUGGACUAGGCUAGUCCCCUAAAAGUUCCCGGUAAAUCAGAGUAGAGAAGGAGGUGCGAUGCUCCAAGGGGAUCCAAAAGCCCUCCUGCCACCUUCUCAAAGCCUGUCCAGCUUUGGGAAGGAGGUGCGAUGCUCACAUGCAACGUCUCCUCACCACCACCACAAUUGCACUUGCAAGCUGGCACCUCUGACCCUAACUGUUCCCCUACGAAAAAAUUCACUGCAUGCCACUGUUUCUUUCAUCCUCUUGUCACAACAGCCCUGUGAGGGAGGUUAGGCUGCGGUUUAGGCGGCCCAAGGUCACUCAGUAAAGCUGCAUGGUUGGGUACAAUUUAAACUCGUGUCUCUGUAAUACUAGUCCACCACUCUGAUCCAGGGGUGAGGGACCUUUUUGGCUCUGUGGGACAUCCUCUGUAUCACAUCCUUGCCUCAUGAGAGACCUAGUGGCUUGUCUAAAGCCGCUUGAUGGGUUCGUGACCACUCUGAGAUUUGAACCUGGAAUUUUCUAGUUUCCAGAUCGUAACUGUGGUGCAAAUUGUGAUUUUGCCAAAUUUCUUGAUCAAAUUGGGGCUUUCUGUUUCAAUUGGUAAAAAGAUUCUCUCCUUACCCUCCCCCUUUUCUUUUAGGUAAAAGCCGGUUUGGGUAUCAAUAUCAUCGGAGUUGCUGUUGUCAUGCUUGCUGUCAUGACAUGGGGGGUGCCCAUGUUUGAACUCAAUACAUAUCCUAGUUGGGCACCUGCUAUUGCUAACAGAACCGGACUUUAAGAAUGGAGUAGCAGCUUCUUUUUCUCGAUCCGCCUUCCCAUGCUGUGCUUCUUGUUUACUCUUCCCAAGGAUCGACACAUCUGCACUGAAGACGGUAAACCAAGACUCUUGCAGUCUCGAUACUGCAAUGGCAAGCGAGUCUGUGCAAGUGUCCGAUCAGUUUGGAUUUCACUCAUCAGGGUUGGGAAGUUUGCAACGGUGGUUAUGCACAUUCAUUAUGAAUGCUGAUUUGCCCCCGUUUUUAGGGUCACCAAAUAAUGUAGGUUUAUGACUAUAGGGGUGCUGGGAUAAGAGCGUGGUGGGUGGGUGGACAGAUAGCUGGAUCAAUAGAUUUUAAAAUGCUGGAAGGCCAUUAUUUAAAGCUUAUGGCCAAUGUGUCUUCCAGUCCCAACAUGUGCACUGAAGCAUUCUAUGCGUGCCUUAUAAGUCAGAGCUACAUGAUCACUUCACGUGGAGCAUGUUGUGCCAUACACUUGUUCCACGAAAUCCUACUUGCCCGGGGAUGAUUGCUGCUGGAAUCUGAUAGGAAGAUCUUUUCCAAGAUGAUCAAUGAAUGACUGAAAUUUCAGAUGAUCAUGCUGUGGGAAGAACUACCCAUAGGCCAGAGAAGAGGCAGCUUGCAUCUCUGCCUCCAUUCCACUCACGGAUGCUGGCUUAUGUGGGUUUGGGAAUCGCGUGUGUGCUCAUUGCAAUCUAUUUUAAACUUUUUAAACUCUUUUAAGCGACAAAGACCUAGGUGUGGUAACUAGCAUGUUCUGCACUGGAAGCUAGACACAGCACCCAGUCGUGGGCAUGAGAUGAUGAGAGAAACCAUCAUGAUCCAAUGGGAAGUUUAUAUAUUAUUAUUUUAAAACCAGAAGCGCUUACCACAUUGUAUUGAUUCUGUUUGGAUUAGUUCUGCCAGAAUCAAUCAUAGUAAUAAAUGUGCCAAAGUGUGAGACAAUAGGAUCCUUAUUGCUGUAUUUCUUGAGCUAAAUAUUAAGCACCUUUUCUAUUAUUCCAGGGGUGUGGGACCUCUUUUAGCUUGAGGGGCACAUUCUGCUGUGGGUAACAUGUCAGUGAAGGGGGGGGGAGGGGGCCCAAACUGGGCACAGCAAUUCAUGCGACACUUACCCUUGUACUGUAGACUACAUUCCAGCCACACAAAAGCCAAGUAGGGUAGGGCACACAUACUGUAUCUAUCCAUCACCUGCCCAGGUAUCAUUUUUUAGACUGGUUCCCCUCUAUUGCCUCCAUAAUGAUGGGAAAGGGCUGUUGCUCAGAGACAAAGGCAUACAUUACUCACAAAAAGUCCAAGGUCAUCCCUCUUUAGCUAGGGUUGGAAAAGACACCUGUUUAAAACCCUGGAGUAUAGAAAAUAUCGACUUGGUCCAACUUAGUGUAAGGCACCUUAGCAGCGAUGGCUGUUCUGCAUAGCAUUCAUAUAGUAGUAUGGGGGACGUGGGAAAUGGGAUUGGUGGACCAGAUGGAUCCACUGUAAAUGGGGCAGGCAGCAAAGAGAAGUGUAGCUUUCAAUACACGAGGGUGUUGGCAUUGCAGCAGAUGUGAAGCUUCUCUGGUUUGAGGCUCUGCUCACCUGGAUCAGAGUCAGAAUCAGGACCAGCUUUUGUGUCCCCAUAGGACUCUAUCUGUGCAAGGCAGUCAAGGCAGGACUUCAUAUUGCAACUAAUGUCAAGAUCACACUGGUGUUUUCUGCAACAAAGAUGUGGUGUGUGGAAUAAUGCAUGCAUGUGAAUAUUUUUAUUUUUAUUAUUGUUAUUGCUAAUAUUAUUAUUAUUACAUCUGUGUACACCCUGACCUCACUGUUUGAGAAGAAGUAGUUUGAAUACUGUGGACUCAAACUGUUUUUAAUCUUGCAACUCUCCAGGCUAAUUUGCACCAGGUAAAAGAGUUCACAAACAACAGGAGCCCUUUAUCAUUGUCAUCUUAGGUCAUAUCAGAAAGUCCUGUUGCAUCACUUGGGCUUUUAUAAUGGACCAAACUUGCAACUUGCGAUGGGGAGGAUUUUCACAGACUGUUUUGUUUGGGUAUGAUAGUGUUUUAUGUGCCAUUUUACCUUUAUGAACAGAGCAAAUUAUAAUUGACAAUAAAAGUGGAAAUUCAAGUG